GGGCCCUCCGGCGAUGCCCGCGCUGCAGGCAGAUGGUGCCGGCGCAGUGAACGAGGGCAGCGGCUGGAGGAGGAGGCGACGCGCAUCAGAGCUGGAGGUAAGGCUAUGGGGACAGGCGCCCCCCAGGGAAUCUCCCCUCCUCCGGCCCCCUUAUUCAUCCUCCGGACAAGGGGACGCUUUUCUCUCCCUCUCCCUCUUCUCUCUCUCCCUCUCCCCCCUUCCUCUUCUUUCUUUCUUUCUUUCUUUCUUUCUUUCUUUCUUUCUUUCUUUCUUUCUUUCUUUCUUUCUUCCUCUCUCUCUCUCUCUCUCUCUCCCGGGAAGCAGCAGAGCCGCUCCUCUCCCGAGCUCCUUUCCCGGACCACACACCCCCUGCCCAUGUGCAGAGUGCCUUAGCUGCGGACUCCCUGGUUUCAGCGCGUCGGGAGAAGAGGGGAAGGGGAGGCGAGAGAGAUGAUCUUUCGCUCCCCCGCGAGGGGUGGUCCUCGGUGGAGACAGGUGGACAACGGGGGUGGCCAAGCCCCCCUUCAGCUUCCUCUUGCUGCCAGCCGGGAUGGGAGUUUCUGAAACGGAUCCGAAAGAAAGGGCUGUGGGCAACACUGGGGGGGGGGGGGGCAAAAAGAAAUAAAUUACAAGGAGGCAGCUUUAAGGGGGGGUCAGAACGCAGCCGGAGCUCUUACUGUGGAUUGAAGGGAGCUCCGGGUGAGCCCAGCCAGGGGGUCUUGGCUCUGCUGGAGUGCAGUUCUGCACGGGGUCCGGUGGAGAAGAUUCCUUCCACACGGUCUGCUUCAGGUGGAGAUGCCUUUUUUGCGCCUGGGACCUCCUUCCUGCAACGCUGGUGCUCUCCCACUGAGCUAUGCUCCUUGUAAAAGAUUCUAGUCCUCAUGGUUCCAAAGGAAUUUGAAGAGGAGCGCAGGGAGCUGCCUGGUGCGGAUUCAGUGUCGUCUGCACUGGCUGGCAGCGGCUCUCGGGCAAUGGUCCCUCUCAGCCCUAACUGGAGAUGCCUUUUAGGAUUCAACCGGGGGUGUGCAAAGCUGGGGAUCUGCCGCUGGGGCACAGCCUCCUUGCCCCCACCCACUUUCUCCCCAAGCGCCUCUGUGGGGCAGAGAGAUUUCUGGCAUGGUGGCUGCUCCUUCAGUCCCUCCAACAGGUCAUUUGCGUCCAGCUAGCAAAGGCAGGGGCUGCUUCCUCCCUCCACCAUUCCCCCAAAGUCAGCAACCGUUCCCCCUCCCCCUCCCCAUCUGCGAUGCAUUAGGAAAUUUAUUCCUGCACCAGACAUUGCCUUCCACAAUAUUCCUGCACUGCAUUUUUGGCUUUCAAUAGCACCUACACCCAGCAAUGUGGUUUCCAAGAACGACUGAAAAGUUUUUGCAAAGGUACCGUCCAGUGGCGUAGCGUGGGUUGUCAGCACCCGGGGCAAGGCAAGUAAUUUGCGCCCCCUAACCCGUGGAUUUUAGCAGGGGGCAGAGAGCUGCGAGUGCGAGCGCCCCCCCCCAGAUGUUGCGCCCGGUGCGGCCGGCCCCCCCCGCACCCCCCACGCUACGCCACUGGUACCGUCUCCUUCGUGGUGGCAAUUUCAUUGCCUCAGCUGUUUGGGGUUGGGUUUUUUUGGGGGGGGACGCCCCAUUCUUUGCAGGAGUUUCCUUGCAUGGGGCUCUGUCAGGUGACCUUAUAACCCAGGCCAGGCAGCAAGACUUGAACCCAGGUCUCACUGCGAGAGGAAGAGAGGCGUGAGAUUCAAGAAACAGAAGCAAUGCGAAACGAAAGAGUAAAGCAUGCUGUGAACAUGAAACAAGGUGAAAAAUUGCCCCCAAACUGAAAAUAAAUAAAUGAGGGACUCACAGCAGGGAAGAAUAUCCUCAAACAUUUCAGUUUAGCCGUCUGUCAUGAAUGCUUGAUCUGAAGUUCCUGCAUUGCAGGGGGUUGGACUAGAUGACCAUUGGGGAGCCCUUACAACUCUAAGAUUCUAUGAAAAGGCAAGUAAGAGGGGGCACAACAGAAGUGUAUAAAAUUCAGGACGGCGUGGAGAAAGUGAAGGAAGCAAAGUUUCCCUCUCUGUCUCCUUGACACUAAAGAACUCCAAUGGAAUGUUUGCAGAUUCAGGACAGAUGCAAAAGAGUCCUUCACUCAGCACAUAGCUGAAGUAUGGAACUCACUGCUGCAGGAGGCAGUGAUGACUGCCAAGGUGGAUGGCUUUAAAAGAAGAUUGGGCAAAUGUCUAGGGAGGAGAGGGCUAUAACUGGGAUGGCUUUGCUCUGCCUCCAUAGCUGGAUUCAGGAAUGCUUCUCAAUCCCAGUUGCUGGAAAGCACAGAAUAAUUAGAACCACAUCCCCCACAGCCUGUCCUUAGAUGUGGUGUGUGGGCAAAACUGAAGAAUUGGUGGCGGCGGGAUGGGGGGGAGGAGGAGAGGCAGGGGGAGAAGCCCAUUUACAAAAUGUGUCAAGUUCAAAUGGGGGGAGGGGGAACCCAGCAAUUUAGCAAACGCAUAAUAAAUUCAAAGUCAUGAAAGAAAGCAGGCAGAAUGAGGCAGCCGCCUCUGCUGGCCAAUCAGGUUAUUGAUGGCUAAUUCUCUCUUUCCCCAAAUCUUAUAAGACCUUUGCAACUGGAGUGCCUGAUGGAGUGUGUUUCAUCUGGCAGUUGCCACUAGCCUUAUAAACCCAGGAGAUGUCAGGCAUGGAAUGCAGUUCCCAAGUGCUUAAAUUCGCUCUCUCCAUUGUCGCUGCAACCCGCCUGUAGAGACAUAGGAAGCUGCUCUUAUUUCGAGUCAGACCAGCGGGUCCAUCUAGCUCAGGGUUGCCUACACUGACUGGCAGCAGCACCCUGGGGGUUCAGAUUCAGGGGUCUCUCCCAGCCUGGAAAUGGCAUUGGGGAACUGAACGUAAGAUAUUCCUGCCUGCAGGGCAGGGUCCUCUGACGCACAGCUCUGAUCCUUCCCUGAUAUGUUAAAAUCAUUUCGGUGCACACAAACAUCCCCUUCUAAUAUAGUCUAGCACUCAAAGCAAGUAAGAGAUCUUAGAAUUGUAGAGUCGGAAGGGACCCUGAAGACCAUCUAGUCCAGGGGUCAGCAAACCUUUUCAUCAGGGGACUGGCCCACUGCCGCUCAGACCUUGUGGGGGGCCGGACUAUAUUUUGAAAAAUAAAAAUACCCUGCGAGCUGGUCCCACAGCUGCCUCUGGAGGAAUGCACUCUGCACGCGCUCAGGAGUGCAUCUCGGCGCUGCCCGCUCACCAGCAUUGUUGACGGGCAGCAGCUGCUCCAUUGGCCGAUCCCCGCAGAGCUCCCAGGCGCCCUGCACCAUGCGCUGCGGCCCGUCGUCCAAGGCCCGGUUGGUGGGCAGGCCGUGCACGCAGAGCACCAGGCAGGUGGCGCGCAGCUCACCCUCCAGUUGCUCCAGCACGGCCUCCAGCAGCAGCACCGAGCUGGGCACCAGGUGUGGGGCCAGCAGGCACGCCAAGCUCCGGCUGAAGCCCCACGAUGUGCCUGUCAUGAUGCUCAGACCCACUGCCUGCCCGCCGGCCUCUCCAUCCAUGGGUUUACCUCAGUGCGCGGGUUUAGCUGCCCAGUUGCACCUGCGGUUUCCUGCAGCCAAUCCGAAGCCAUGCCAGCAUUGCAGAAGUCAGUCCCUGCACAGCAAGGCGUCCGCAGCUUCUUUUCAAGGAAACGCCGUGCUGCGCCGGUUUAGCUCAGUGCAGGGACUAACUGAGUGGGCAGCAGGGUCUGCAGGCCGGAUUUACAAGCCCGGUGGGCCGCAUCUGGCCCCUGGACCGUAGUUUGCCGACCCCUGAUCUGGUCUAACCCCCUGCAAUGCAGGAACUCGCAGCUGACCCAUACGGGGAUCGAACCCACAACCUUCGCAUUAUCAGCACCAUGCUCUAACCAGCUGAGCUAAGCUGUGCUAUAUGAUUCCGAGGCAGCAUAGGCUUUACUUGGUAAAUCAGGCCAGGGGGCAGGGAAGGUUCUUAGCAAGCCAGGAGUUGCCUGAUGAUGCCGUGUGAUUACAGGGUUUUAAAAACAGGGUUUUACUGUAGACUCCUUGCCAAUAUGUUCAGGCUUAUCUGUACCUUGCAGUUUUGCGAGCGUCCCUUGCCUUCCUGAUCUCAUCACACUGCAGCCACAGGACCCCUUGAUAUAAUAUCUCAGUUCGCAAAUGUAUAACUAGCUGCCUGGACUUGAUAUAACAUUUCUGCUCUGUCAUCCACCCAUGCCCUGUCUUAUAGCCUUAAAGCGCAUAGGUAAAGGGACCCCUGACCAUUAGGUCCAGUCGUGGAUGACUCUGGGGUUGCGCGCUCAUCUCGCUCUAUAGGCCAAGGGAGCUGGUGUACAGCUUCCGGGUCAUGCGGCCAACAUGACUAAGCCGCUUGUGGCGAACCAGAGCAGCUCACGGAAACGUUGCUUACCUUCCCGCUGGAGUGGUACCUAUUUAUCUACUUGCACUUUUGAUGUGCUUUCGAACUGCUAGGUUGGCAGGAGCUGGGACCGAGCAACAGGAGCUCACCCAGUCGUGGGGAUUCAAAUCGCCGACCUUCUGAUUGGCAAGCCCUAGGCUCCGUGAUUUAACCCACAGCGCCACCCACAUCCCUUAAAGCGCAUAGCUUCCCACAAAGAAUCCUGGGCACUGCAUUUAGGAAUUGUAAGCCCAUGAGGGGUGAGCUACAGUUCUGGGAAUUAUUUGGGGCAAGCUGUGUUCUUAGUUGUUGCAUGGUGUGUGCGUGCAGCCAGUUGAUACUAUAACUCACUUAAUACCUUCAUAUCCCUCAUAUGGUGGGUUGCAGUGGCUCUGGCGAGAAGCCAGCAGCAGUUUCCCCACAGUGUAUACACUUUACGGAGCUAACACUCUCUUCUUUUGCAUGUCAAGGAGAAGGAUGAGGUUAUUGCAAGGCUUUAGAUACGCCAGAUUUCUCUCUCCCCAGGCCCAACACCUGUGCUGAUUUUCAGAUGGUCUUGACUUUUAUACUCGAUGCUGGAAUUAUCUUUGUAAUCCCAUCCCCUUGACGGGCGAUCAUGCAGCUAUGCUAUUGCAUGUUUCGUUGAACUUGGUAAUAGGAAGGGCUGUCCCGUGGAAGAGCUUGUUUUCUGCUGCUCGACAGGACUCAAGCCAGUAGAUUAAAAGGACAAUAAAAGAGAUUCCAAUUAAACUAAAUAUUGUGCUGAGAGUUCUAUAUCCCAUUAUAAUUCUCUUCUCAGUGGAAUAGGGAUGCUGGUGGCGCUGUGGUCUAAACCACUGAGUCUCUUGGGCUUGCCGACCAGAAGGUCAGGGGUUCGAAUCCCCGCGAUGGGAUGAGCUCCCGUUGCUUGGUCCCUGCUUCUGCCCACCUAGCAAUUCGAAAGUACACCAGUGCAAGUAGAUAAAUAGGUACCGCUGCGGCGGGAAGGUAAAUGGCAUUUCCAUGUGCUCAGGUUUCCAUCAUGGUGUUCUCUUGCGCCAGAAGCAGUUUAGUCCUGCUGGCCACAUGACCCGGAAAGCUGUCUGUGGACAAACGCCGGCUCCCUUGGUCUGAAAGCGAACUGAGCACUGCAACCCCAUAGUCGCCUUUGAUUGGACUUAACUGUCCAGGGGUCAUUUAAGAUAUGAGAGGAGCCAGAGGCCCUUUCUCACAGAGCACAAUGUUGGGGGGAGUCCUCUUUCCAAGCUCUGUCUCGCACCCAGUUCCUCCUAAGCUAGCCUCGUGCUGCCUUCAGGGACGGUGGAGAAUCUUGCCCCCAUUCCCAGGGCUGCCCUAAGAUUCAGCUGUCCAUCCGGUUGGAUUCUGCCUGUGGAAUUGGGAGUGGGGAGGAUGGUGAAAUCCUGCCCUUUUGCCUCAGUCAGCAAAAUGUGUUGGGCAGGCCCUGAUUCUCCCGUGCUCGAAGUUAAGGCUGCAGCCCCUGUGCAUACGGCUGUAUAGCAUGGGGCUUACUUCUAAGUCAACCUGGAUUGGGUUGGGCUGUGACUCAGCUGCAGCGAUCACAACUGAAACAUGUCGGGAUUCCUUCUGUGUCCUUUUGGAGCCAGAUCAGUGAUGAACGAGAGCGAGCGAGAGACCCGGGAAGGGCACAUGGAUGGCUCGCAGUGCACUCUCCCGAUCAAUGCAAUGUAAUUAAAAUGUUAAAGCGUGUGUGUGUGCUCUUGCAUGCAAGAAUUAUUCAGGCUGCCCUCUGUCACUCCUUCACCCCUUUGGCACUGAGUGACGUCCUGCUGGCCAUGUGCAGCAAGGUCUGCCGAUGCCUCCAGGGGCCUCUUCCAGUGAUUAUGGAUUUAAAAUAAAAAUAAAAAGAGAGAGGGGCUGGGCUGUGCCCCUAUCCAGACAGGGACAGCCUAUUGUCUAUGCUCUGGUAACCAGAGCCGUCUUUCCCAUUGGUGAUAGUGGUUCAUUGCACCAGGGCACCUACCUCUCAGGGGCGAGUGAGGGAGCUGCGCGGCUUUGCUGGCAGCCUUCCCUUUCCCAACACAUUUUCCUGCUUGAUCGCCUCCACCACGCCAGGGAUCAGGGCUGUGGGGGAGGCAGAGGACAUUUUCCACCGCCUCCUCCCUUGUUUUGGAGUUGCUGGGGUGGGGCGCACCAGAGGGAUCUUUGCACUACGUUGCCGGAUAUGCUUAAGACGGCCCUGCUGGCAAACCUCUAGGUUAGAUUACUGCAAUGCGUUAUAACAUGGGGUUGCCUCUGAAGAUGCGUCAAAAACUUCAGCUGGUGCAGAAUUUGGCAGCCAGGUUGCAAUCCAUGGCAAGACGGUUUGAGAAUAUGACAUCAACCCUGGCCCAAAUGUUCAGGGCUGCCGAUUAGUUCCUGUGCCCAAUUCAAAGUGCUAGGUUUUGACCUAUAAAGCCUUAAAUGGCUCAGGACCGCAAUACCUCAAGGGCUUCCUCUCCCCAUAUGAACUGACCCAGACCUUGCAAUCAUCAUUUGAGGCCCUUCUUUGUGUGCCUCUGUGAGGUUUGGACAGUAGCAACAUGAGAAUGGGCCUUUUCUGUGGUGGCCCCCCAUUUGUGGAAUGCUCUCCCCAGGGAGGCUCUCCUGGUGCCUUCACUGAAUAUCUUUAGGCACCAGGCAAAAGCAUUCCUUUGGCUGAUUCAACAAUCUACAGCCUUUCAAACCGUGUGUGUCUGUGUUUAAGGGGGAUGCUAUUGUUUUGCUUUGUGAUUACAGUAUGCAUUUUUGUGUUUUCCUAUUGUAAACCACCUUCUGGUCUUCAGAUGAAGGCUGGUAUAGAGAUUUAAUCAAUAUAAUUAUUAAUAAUUAUUUGGGGAUGGGAAGGCAUGUGCACCUUACCUCCUUAUUCAGGCUACUCACCCACCUCUGUAUCAAAUCAUGAACUUUCAGAAACAACUUCAGCCUUAUGAGCAAACCAGGGAAAGUCCAUUCUUUCAUAUUCCCUGGAACAUGUGAGUUUAGCCCAGUUCCUCUCUCAGCCCAACCCUUCUCACAGGGCUGUCCUGUGAGACAAAAGGAUCAGAACUAUGAGGAACUAUCUGACUGCGAGAGGUACUUAUGGUUGCACAAAUUGCAUGGAUAUGUGCCAGUGGAAAAACGCGAAGGAGGCCCCAGAUGUCCUUCAAAAGAGAGAGAGAAUGAUAUCAUUUCUCUUCGACCUGCCCAAGUUCACGAGCAAUUUGCCAAAUCAUAGUGAGGUUUUGCCGUCCAUCCACGCCCUCCUCAAGGGGCACAGUCAGUGCCAGAUGAGGUUGGCACAGUUCUAGGCAGUGGAGGGUGGAGGCCCUGCUCAGAGCUUGCGGGAAACCUCUCUGGGCUUUCCUGGUUCUUUCAUAGGCUGUCACCAGGGUUGUCCACAGAGGCGGGGGAAGAGUGUGCAUCACGGGGGAAAACCUUGGGCAAGAGAGGAAGGCCAUGGCUUCCUUGGGCUUCUGCAUUAUAUAAUAAGAUAUUAUUAUUAUUAUUAUUAUUAUUAUUAUUAUUAUUAUUAUUAUUUAUACCCCGCCCAUCUGGCUGGGCUUCCCCAGCCACUCUGGGUGGCUUCCAACAAAAUAUUAAAAUACAGUAAUGCAUCAAAUAUUAAAAGCUUCCCUAAACAGGGCUGCUAGGACUUGCUGAUCAGAAGGUCGGCGGUUCAAAUCCCCGCGACGGGGUGAGCUCCCGUUGCUCGGUCCCUGCUCCUGCCAACCUAGCAGUUCGAAAUCACCUCAAAGUGCAUGUAGAUAAAUAGGUACCGCUCCGGAGGGAAGGUAAAUGGCAUUUCCGUGCGCUGCUCUGGUUCGCCAGAAGCGGCUUAGUCAUGCUGGCCACAUGACCCGGAAGCUGUACGCCAGCUCCCUCGGCCAAUAAAGCGAGAUGAGCGCCGCAACCCCAGAGUCGGCCACGACUGGACCUAAUGGUCAGGGGUCCCUUUACCUUUACCUUUAAUGCAUCAAACAUUAAAAGCUUCCCUAAACAGGGCUCCCUUCAGAUGUCUCAUUCAAGGGCAGAAGCAGCCGUUUGUGGAACGGGGAAGUUCUGCUUAAUCUAAGGUUACCAGAUUUUUCCCCCAAUGAAUCUGGGGACACUUUUCAACUUCAGUUGAUUUUGUAUGGGGACUGAUUUGUAAAUCCGGGGACUGUCCCCAGGAAACGAGGACGUCUGGUAACCUUAGCUUAAUCCUCCUCUCCAGGAUCACCUCCCCCACCCCCCCGCCGACGUCUUUGUUGCGAACUUCUCAAGGAAGUGCCAAAGUUUUGUGGUGGUUGGCAGCCGGUGCUGGGUGUGUUGAGGGCAAAGCCUCUGCUUUGCAUGCCUUCACAUUUCCAGUUGAAAUGUGGGUCUCUGGUCUGAUGAGCUCUGGCUGAUGGUCAGCGUAGACUCGGGUGGCUUUAAAGGGUGGCUGGGAGGAAGAGGCUACUAGCCCCAAUGGCUGGGCUCUGCAGCGUAAUGCUGGUGGUCAGCAAAAGAGGUUUAAAGACUCUCUCAGGGGAAAUCUUUAAAAAUGUAGGAUAAACACCGACAACUGGGAAACACUGGCCUGCGACCACUCCAAUUGGAGAACAGCCUUUACCAAAGGUGUUAUGGCUUUGAAGACACUCGAACUCAGGACGCAAGGGAGAAAUGUGCUAAGAGGAAGGCACGCUUGGCAAACCUUCACCGUGAUCAACUCCUGCCCGGAAACCUAUGUCCCCACUGUGGAAGGACGUGUGGUCUCCACAGUCACUUAUAGACUCACUGUUAAGACCAGGCUUCCUCAACCUCGGCUCUCCAGAUGUUUUGGGCCUACAACUCCCAUGAUCCCUAGCUAGCAGGACCAGUGGUCAGGGAUGAUGGGAAUUGUAGUCUCAAAACAUCUGGAGGGCCAAAGUUGAGGAAGCCUGGUUAAGACCUUGUUUAUGGAAGAUGAUCUUACUUGGCUAGGAGGGAUCGCAGAAGAAGAAGAAGAAGAAGAAGAAGAAGAAGAAGAAGAAGAAGAAGAAGAAGAAGAUGUCUCCGCAGUCAGUCAGCGAUGCACCCGACUGCCAGUUGCUGGAAGCCGCUGGAGGGAAGAGUUGCUCUCAUGGCUGGGUCCUUACUUGUGGGCUCCCCAAUGGGGCAUCUGAUUGGUCAGGGCUGGAUCCAGCAGCCAGACUCUUCUUAGGAUCUUUCCCUGACCUGAUGCCUUCCAGUUGUUUUUUGGACUACAGCUCCCAUCAGCCUCAAUGGAAUUUUGCGUUUCUUCAAACAAAAUGUGCAUGCUGCUUAAUUGUAAGCAACGGGCUGUGCGCAACUGAGUCCUACUCAGAGUAGGCCCAUCGAAAUUAACAGGCCCAAGUUAGCCAUGCCCAUUAACUUCAAUGGGUCUACUCAUUGCGUAACAAACCCAUUUCCUCUAAGCCAGGCUUCCUCAAACUCGGCCUUCCAGAUGUUUUUGGCCUACAACACCCAUGAUCCCUAACUAGCAGGACCAUCGGUCAGGGAUGAUGGGAACUGUAGUCUCAAAACAUCUGGAGGGGCGAGUUUGAGGAAGCCUGCUCUAAGCCAGCCUUUAUCAAGCUGUGGGUCCCCAGAUGUUGUUGAACUACAACUCCCAUCACCCCUAGCUAGCAAGGCCAGAGCUCAGGGAUGAUGGGAGUUGUAGUCCAACAACAUCUGGGGACCCACAAGUUGAGAACCACUGCGUUGCAAAGAAUAUAAAACAUACCUUGAAGCUGUCAAUAAGAAUCAAAGUUAAAGGAGCUUGGAAAAAAAGCUAAGCACAUAAAUUAUUCGCUGGGGAAAGGACCGAUUAAAAGACGUCAACUCCUACGCAUCUGCCUAGGCAGAAAAGAUUUUAGCAAAAAGAAUAUGGUGAAGAUCAAUGGGCGGGGAGUUCCGAUGUGCAGGAGCUGUUACACUAAAAAAAUAAGGAGAGAGAGCUACGAUUCAUACAGUUGUGGUGUCCUAGGAGUUGUAAUCCAAAACUUCUGAAGGGCACCAGUUUAGGGAAGGCUGGGAUAGGUUGUAAUUGUUAUUGAGGUUUUUUUUUUUGGGGGGGGGGGAGAGAUCUGUUGUGGGGAUGCCAAGGAACCUGAGAACCAGUGCGAAGCGAUAGCAAGAAUGUAAGAGAGACUUGGCUUCAGACCCCUGCUCACUCAGGAAUAACUUUGCCUCAGUCGCCGUGAUACCGCCUGACUCGCUCCACAGGCUCAUUGUGAAGAAGAUAAUCUUAGCCCAGGCACUGCCAAGCUCUGAGCUGCUGGGAGGAAGAAAAGUUGGGAGUUAACUUUUCCAGCCAAAAGGAGAGAACAAAAAGCAGCCUUCGGAAUCUCCAAGGCAAGGGAGAAGGAGCUGUAUUGAGAGGAUGGGGCCCUUCUGCCCAUUUUACAGCUAUUACUGAGGCAGCCCAUUAAAGCAAUUUUAAAAUGCCUGUGAAGCCAGGAAUAAUGGGCCGCCGCUCAAUGACAGAAGUCCUGCCUUGCAUGUUGAAGGUCCCUGCUCUGUUUGGGUGACCCUCCCUGCCUGAAACUCCGCAGGGAUGCUGCCAGCCAGUGUAAACAAUGUUGAGCUAGAGAGACCAAUGGUCUGGUUCAGUACAAGGCAGCUUCCUAGGAUCCAGACAGACCAGGAGAAGAUGCCAGAGGUAAAACAUAAUCACAAACAAAGGAGACUUUGCUGCCCACCCCCAACACAAGUCUUUCUUGCCAGAAGCGUUUCUGGCAAGAGAUUUUGAGGAAAAGCCACAAAGGAACUUGAUUCACAAUUGCUAGUUCCUUGUUGCUUCCCCCCCCUCUAAAGUGUGAGGCGAAAGCCCAAAUAUCCCCGCCUCCUGCUCAGGCAGCUGCUUCUCUAAAGAAGUUAGACAGGAUGCAACAGAAGGAAAUAAAAGGGUGGGCAAUGGGCACUGUGGUAAACAGGGUGUUUGCAUCCUGGGGUGAGGACACCCUGGAUCUGCUAAUGCUCUGUGAGCGCUAACAAAACUUUGCAGGACUUUGCAAUACCCAGUAUCGCUGCAGAAAGCCACAGAGCUCUAAGGCUGAAUAUAAACAGAUGUAAAAAACCCCCCCAAACCGCUGUCAAAAUGCCUAAAUAUAUAUAUAUAUAUAUAUAAUGUAAAAAUAUAUGUGGAAUUUGCCAUUGGCUCAUCAGCGCCAUCUAGUGUCACAUUUGUAAAAAGGUAAAGGUAAAGGGACCCCUGACCAUUAGGUCCAGUUGUGGACGACUCUGGGGUUGUGGCACUCAUCUCGCUUUACUGGCUGAGGGAGCCGGCGUACAGCUUCCAGGUCAUGACUAAGCCGCUUCUGGCAAACCAGAGCAGCGCACGGAAACGCCGUUUACCUUCCCGCCGGAGCGGUACCUAUUUAUCUACUUGCACUGGUGUGCCUUUGAACUGCUAGGUUGGCAGAAGCUGGGACCGAGCAAUGGGAGCUCACCCCAUCACGGGGAUUCGAACCGCCGACCUUCUGAUCAGCAAGUCCUAGGCUCUGUGGUUUAACCCACAGCGCCACCCGCCUCCCUGUCACAUUUGUACAAUGCACUUAAAACGCACUUGUAUUUGCAGCUGAGUCCUAAAAGAGGAUUGGACAAAUUGAUGGAGGGAGGACUAUAAAUGACUGCUAGCUAUAACUGCUAUGCCCUGCUGCCACAGCUGGAGGCAGCUAUGCUUCUGAAUGGAAGAUGCAGAAGAGAGGGUUCUGAUUCUCAAAUCCUCCUUGUACUUUGGGUUACACUUUGGGGCUAAUGUGCGAACAGGAUGCUGGACUAAGGGGGCCACUGGCUUGACCCAGCUGAAGACUCUGCUCAUGUUCUUAUGUAAAGUUGUCUUCUUCUUUGGUGAUCACUUGUAGCCGAGUAAAAUUGUCUUCCGUAAACACGGUUUUAAAAAUGAGUCCGUAAGUGACUGUGGAUCCACAUGUCCUUCCACAGUGGGGACAGAGGUUUCCGGGCAGGAGUUGAUCACGGUGAGGGUUUGCCUAGCGUGCCUUCCUCUUAGCAUGUUUCUCCCUUGGGUUCUGAGUUCGAGUGUCUUCAAAACCCAUAACACCAUUGGUAAAGGCUGUUCUCCAACUGGAGUACACACAGGCCAGUGUUUCCCAGUUGUCGGUGUUUAUACUACAUUUUUUAAUAUUUGCCUUGAGACACUCUUUAAACCUCUUUUGUUGACCACCAGCCUUACGCUUUCCAUUUUAAAGUUCAGAAUAGAGUUGUUGCUUUGGAAGAAGGUAACAGGCAUGGACUGCUUAGUUAACAUGAGGCACAUUAAAACAUCAAUCGCCUCCUCUAUCCUGCUCCCUUCCACCUUCUGCACCAAAAAAAUCUUUAUAUAUUUUUUUUUAAAUGAUAUUUAUUGAAAUUUUUUUUUAAAAUUACAGAAAAAGACAAAGCAGAGAAAGAAAAAAGAAAAAACAACAACAACAAAAAACCAAGCCACAUCCAACAAUACAAAUUCAAAAAACAAAAAUACACCACAAACAGAUAAAAAUAAAACCAUCAUUCUCAAAUCUUCAACUUUCAUUACCUUCUUUCUUUGACCUCCUCCUCCUCCCUUUUUUUGGUAUCCCAGUUAAUAAUUAUCGCAGCAAAUCCUUUCCAUAUUUCAUAAUAUUCUGUCAUUACAUUACCUUAAUCUAUUUUCAUCUUAUCUUAUAAAAAACCUUAAAACUUAAAGCUUAAAUCUUUUUUUUACCCACUUCUCAUAACCAUAAUAUUCUUGCCUAAUUCUUUAAACAUUUUUGCUAGAGCCAAGUAAUUUCGUUCCAACAUUUUCCUAACAGUCAUCAAUUUUAUAAAACAAUCCUAGUGAUAAAAAAAAGAAAUAGAAACAAUCCAAUCUUCAUCUACCGUCCCUUCCUCCUGGUCCCGGGUUUUGUCAGUCCUUUUAUCCCAUCGAUCUAGCGCAUUAACCUGGUAACCUUAUAUCCGAGGCCCUUAAGUCCCUUCCGCAGCUCUUUGCACCAAAAAAACCUUUAAGGCACUAUUUUUUGUUGGGUUUGGCUUUCAUCAUGCUCUAUCCCACCCAAAGCAGGUCAGCUUUAAGUUCUGCAAAAGUGGAAGUUAAAAUGCACGAGUUAUUUUUUAAGAAGUAUGCAUGAAUUAUUCCCUUAGGUCCAGGCAAGAACAAUGGUUCCUCUAAGUCCAAAGGACAAUCCUGAGGCCCAAGUCUUUUAUAAAAGUGGUUCCUGGAACUGGAAGUUUGACCUGUCCUCUCAGGUCAGCAAAGCAACGUAUGUUAGAGCAGGCCAUUUAAAAACAACGGGAUGUACAGUUUCAAAAAGGUUAAGAUGUUUUGAGACGCGAAAGGUUGCACCCUGCAUUUUAGUUGGUCCAAAUAAAGGUUAUGUAUUUUCAUGCCCUGUGGCUCCUGAGACUUUCUUCCUUUCUUUCGAAAACCGUAUCGCCUGUGCCAGAAGUCAUUAGUCUGUUUUUCUCUUAAAUUGUUUCAACACAAGACAGUUGACCGUUUUCCUGUCGCAAGAACAAUGCUGGGCCUUGAGCCUUCUCAAACAAGUUCUUGGCACUGAACCUUCAACCUGUGCCUUUCCUCGGGUCUCCUCAAUCUUCGGAGGAGCCACCACUGUUGCUCUUUUGCAUUCCUCAGUCGGCUGAAGUUUCUUCCGUAAAGGCAGGGACGCAGGUGGCGCUGUGGUCUAAACCACUGAGCCACUUGGGCUUGCCGAUCAGAAGGUCGGCCAACCUAGCAGUUCGAAAGCACACCAGUGCAAGUAGAUAAAUAGGUACCGCUGUGGCAGGAAGGUAAACAGCAUUUCUGUGCGCUCUGGCUUUCAUCACGGUGUCCCGUUGUGCCAGAAGUGGUUUAGUCCUGCUGGCCACAUGACCCAAAAAGCUGUCUGUGGACAAAUGCCGGCUCCCUCAGCCUGAAGGUCAGUGGUUCGAAUCCCCACGAUGGGGUGAGCUCCUGUUGCUCGGUCCCAGCUCCUGCCAACCUAGCAGUUCGAAAGCACAUCAAAGUGCAAGUAGAUAAAUAGGUACCACUCCAGCGGGAAGGUAAAUGGCAUUUCCAUGUGCUCUGGUUUCUGUCAUGGUGUUUCUUUGCGCCAGAAGCAGUUUAGUCCUGCUGGCCACAUGACCCGGAAAGCUGUCUGCGGACAAACGCCGGCUCCCUCGGCCUGAAAGCGAGAUAAAUGCCGCAACCCCAUAGUCGUCUUUGACAGGAGACCUUUACCUUUUGUUACCUUCUUCCUUAAAGAGCCUCUGCAUUUGAUGCUGGUGAGAUUUCAUUGCUUGUGUUCUUUGCGAGGGAAAGAAGGAUGCAUUUUUUUUUAAAUGAGAAGAGCCAAGAGGGGCCCAUUGAGUCCACCCUUACCUGGGCCAACCAGAUGCCCCCAAGGGAAGCCCACAAGCAGAACUCUGCCCACUUGGGAGUCCCAAUAACUGGGAUUUGCAGGUAGACUUCCUCUGAAUAGGGAGGCUCCAUCUGUUCCCCAUAGCAGAUCAGGGGUCAGCAACCUUUUUCAGCCGUGGGCUGGUCCACCGUCCCUCAGACCAUGUGGUGGGCUGGACUAUAUUUUUGGGGGGGGAGGGGGAAAUGAAUGAAUUCCUAUGCCCCACAAAUAACCCAGAGAUGCAUUUUAAAUAAAAGCACACAUUCUACUCAUGUAACAACACGCUGAUUCCUGGACGGUCCGCAGGCUGGAUUGAGAAGGCGAUUGGGCCGCAUCUUGCCCUUGGGCCUUAGGCUGCCUACCCCUGCAGUAGAUCACAGAAUUGUAGAGUUGGCAGGGACCCUGAGGAUCAUCUAGUCCAACCCCCUGCAAGGUAGGAAUAUGCCGCUGUCCUAAGCAGGGAUCGAACCUGCCACCUUGGCUCUAACCAGCUGAGCUUUCCAGUGCUGUAGAUGUGUUUAAGAAUUUCAGAAGAGCCAGGCUGUGGGUAGAUCAGGCCAAAUGUCCACCUCAGUUCAGCAUCUUGUCCUCUCUUUGGCUAACCUGAUGUCUCUUCUGCAAGCAGGAACCUGAGCACGGGAGCAGACUCUGACCUCCUGUGUCUUCCAGCAACCGGGAUUCAGGAGCCUUGCUGCCUCCAACUGCAACUAUCGUAGCAGCCGGUUGCCAGAAACCUCAGGAAGGAAGAGCCCUCUUGUGCCCAGGUUCUGCUAGCCAGUUUCCCAGAGACACUCAGUGCGCCCCGUGGGAAUAGGAUUCUGGACCAAGAUCAUACCUUCCAACAUUUCUCCGAUGAAAAUAGGGACGUCCUAAGGAAACGGCGUUUCCGUGCGCUGCUCUGGUUUUGCCAGAAGCGGCUAAGUCAUGCUGGCCACAUGACCCAGAAGCUGUCUGUGGACAAACGCCAGCUCCCUCGGCCUAUAGAGCAAGAUGAGCGCGCAACCCCAGAGUUGUCUGUGACUGGAGCUAACGGUCAGGGGUACUUUUACCUUUAAGGAAAGGCAGGACAUUCCAGGAUCAAAUCAGAAACUGGGAUGGCUUAUGUCAAUCCAGGAUUGACCCUGGACACUUGGAGAGUCUGCUACAUGGACCAUGGGCCUGAUCCAGCAAGCUAUUUACUGUUCUUAAGCCCCUGCUCUUGGCCCACAUCCACAGCAGAGGCAGCCGGCAGGGUUGGCCCACCCAUGAGGUUGUUGGGAUACUGCCAGGGAGACAAAGGCCAUCAUGCCUCCACGUCGAUUCUGGAUGAUCCAUCGAUCUCCCGUAGAUACAGUAUCAGUCAAUUAGCGACACAAGCCUCAGAAACAUCUGUCCACAGAUUGACAGAGGUGACCUGCUUCAGGUGGCGAGAUCCCCAGGGGCAGCAGACCCGGCCGACAAGGAAUGUAUCACCUGCUGCUGCAGUGGCAGGACAGCAGCAACUGUGGUGAGCUCCCUGGAGGCCAGAUCUAGCGCCUCCUCAGCACACCCACCCAUGCCACUUCUACAGUGGCCUCUUGGCACCACUGGUCUCCUCCCACCCUUGUUCCUGAUGGAGAUCUUUGCGCCUCAGCCGAGGCUUCUUCAUGCUCCGUGUGCACUGUCUGUGCAACGGGGUCCCAGGGCAAGGCCAGGGUGCAGCGGUUGCUGCUGCCAGUUGAGCAUGCUAGGCUUUCUUGGGAAACCCCUCUGCCUGGUGCUUUCCUUCUCUCCUACCCCCUCUGACCGGCAUCUACCUGGUGGCUUUUGGCCAAGCUGCUGGCUGGCUGGGCCCCUGCCAAGGCUCCAUGCGUCUCUCUUAAGAACAUUUGCCGGUAUCGCUUGCGCUCAGCGGGAGUAAUCCCAGAGAAUUAGCUACAGCCCAGAGGCUUAUCCUUAAAGCUGCUGCCACUGUUGCUGUUACAGCAGCGUUUGGAGUCAGUUGUGGCGAUGAAGUUGUGGACUGGGCAGGUUGCAGUGGGCUGCCCUAAGAUCCUGCCUGUCCAAGCCCUGUUUGCACAGUAGCCCGAUGAAAAGCCAGGCUCGCCAUCCAGCCCACAUGCGACGGAGGCAACGGGCGGAGAAAAUAGGUUGUGAGCUGUAGGUCACCCAGCCAUGCAUUAAAAGGACAACAAACAAUACAAGCAACACGAAGACCAGUCUACUAGAUAGCGCUGCAAUUCUUAUUCAUGGUGCCGAAGUAGUAAGUGAAGAACAACGUAGGACAGUGAUCCUGGAUAAUCUGACUGUUUCGCUGGAAUCUUCUUCAGCACAACUACAAAAGAAUUCAAAUAUAAAACAAUGACCUGUGUACAUUAUAUAAACUUCACACAUUACAACUUACUACUUCAGCACCAUGAACGCCUAAAAAAGUUUUACCGCUUAGCCCACAGGGUAGCAUCUAUUACUUUGUUUCAACCAUAGACUUAUACUUCUACGGACUUUCAAAGAUUGCCAGACGUGUGUUCAUUUGCUUUCAAAUAUAUUAGAGAAUUCACAAGUGUACACAUUUUGAUUUUUGUUGUACUAAAUCAUGCAUAUUAUGCAAUAAGAAUUGCAGUGCUAUCUAGUAAACCGGUCUUAGUGUUGCUUGUAUUGUUUGUUGUGCUAAGUUUGCAACACGGGUUUGUUGUUCUGUAUUGGUGACGCAUUGAAAGGAGUCAGAGUUGCUAUGAAGGUUGUUAAAGGACAGUAAAGGCAAGUGACGGUCUAGUUCACUGCACUCCUAGCUACUGCCAAUGAAACUGUGCCUCCUUUUAAUGGAUGGAUAAGGAACCUGUGUGGUCCUCCAGGUGUUGCUGUACUACAACUCCCAUCCUCCCUGACCACUGGCCAUGCUGAGUGCGAUUGAUGGGAGCUGGAAGUUUAGCAAUAUCUGGAGGGCCAGUGGUUCCCCAUCUCUGAAUUAGACCAUCGCUUGCCUUUACUGCCCCUGGUUUCCUGCGUCGCAAUUCUGUGUUGUCACAGUUGGAAAACCCAACUCUUGGUUGAGUUUUCAUACUUGCUCUUCUUCUCUACCCCCCCCUCCCCAAUUUACGCAGUAACUCAAACUUCCUCUGGUGCAUAGCCCGCGGACACUGCCUGCUGGUCUUCAACGUGCCCCUGCUUCCUGCCACCCAGGACGACGUCACUAUGAGAGUGCUGCUUUUUGCCUUCCUGAUCGAAGUGUCCCUCUCCUCUUUGGUUCCAGGUAAGUGAGUUUGGAGCGAAGCCAAUUGGCCCAUCCCCGCGUGCAAGAACUGCACCGCUCUGAGCACUUUGGGGGUCUUCCUAAGGAACUUCGGAAGGUCGCAGGUUCAGUCCCUGCAUGGGACAGCUGCAUAUUGCUGCAUUGCAGUGGGUUGGACUAGAUGAUCCUUGAGGUCCCUUCCAACACUACAAUUCUACGAUAAAUGUUUGCUCACUUCUGGCCUGGCAGCCAUUCUCCCACCCAGCUCUUUGGCUGAGCAGCGAGUGAAGUCAAGGAGCCAUUUGUAAACACUCAGGUGAGGAGGAAAGAUGUCAACACCAGGCAGAGCUUUGGAAGAGGACUUUUUAAAAGUGCCGGCGACUGAGUGCUGCUGUUAUAAGAAUAUUGUUUUUAAUACUAGGCCACACAUAGGCAUGUCUGUUAUUGGCGCAUAGUAAUUUCGUUAUGAGUGGUUAGCUCUCCGCCUUCAUCCAGACAGAUUAAGCUAAGGGAUUAGUCCUUCUCUCACAAAUUGUAUGGGGGGAGGGGAAAUUAUUUGGACCACCCAGGGGGUUAAAAUGCACCUGGAAAGAAUUGGAGAGGCCCAUCUUCCUGGCACAGCUGCCCAGCAACCAGCCGGUUCCUGCAAUCAAGACCAUGUGCAAAGCAGACAGACAGCAGGCGCUGUUGUGAAAACAGUUGUGAGCAAUUCUUGUGAGCAUGCCAGGCUACACACGCCGCACAUUUAAAGCGCAUGACUUUUCCCACCGCAAAGAAUUCCGGGAACUGUAGUUUACUCACUACAGGGCUACGGCACCCAGUGGCCUUAAAAAACUACAGUUCCCAGGAUUCUACGGGGAACUAGGUUGUGUGCUUUAAAUGUGCGGUGUGCACACAGCCCCUCUUGAUCUGCGGUGCAGAGCUCCUGAGGACGAAUGUGGACUCCGCCUGCAAUCUUUACGCAAGCCCUGGAGGCGACAGGGCGCCCUACGGCCUCCAGUCACCCUUGUCUUCUUUCCUCCCAAUUGCAGAGAAGGAGAAGAACCCCCGGUUCUGGCGAGAGCAGGCCCAGGAGACGCUGCGGAGGGCCCUGAGCUUGCAGGAGCUCAACACGAAUGUGGCCAAGAAUGUCAUCCUCUUCCUCGGGGACGGUGAGAUCUGGGGCAUGGAGCGGUGGAAGUCUGUGGGAUGGGAAAGGGGGCAAUAGAGGGCUUCAGACACAAAGGAGGAGGGCAGGACUUGAAGUCUCCCCAGACUGCUGCUCCCUGUUAGACCCAGAUAUGCUUUCUCUAUAGAAGGGAAUACACCCCUCCACAUAUUUGUUGCUGGGGUCUGUAUACGUGAAGUAGCGUCUCUAGCCCCAUCAUUUAGCCCGUACACUGAGGUCCAGCUCCGAGGGCCUUCUGGUGUUUCCCUCACUGCAAGAAGUGAAGCUACAGGGAACCAGGCAGAGGGCCUUCUCGGUGGUGGCUCCUGCCCUAGAUACCAAACUGAUAAACAACAAAUUGACUUUUAGAAGACAUUUGAAGGCUUCAGCAAAGUUUUUAAUAGUGGAUGUUUUAAAUAUUUUGUUGGCAACCCAGUCAGAUGGGCAGCAUAUCAAUAAUAAAAUUAUUACUAUUAUUAUUAUUAUUGCUAUAAUCAAAUAUCAUCCAUUUUUUCCCCAAGGUUACUUUCACAAAUGUGUUCACCUUUAUGCAAGCUUUCCCCUCAAAUAGGCUUCUUUGGGUUUUGGUGCACACAGUGUUUGCUGGGAGAAGUGCAUUGCAAAAUUCUGAAAAGUUCAAAUGUGGAAGGAUAAAUCUCCUUCGGUUCACAUUUUGUUCAGGAAAGUGUGAGCUGGCUUGUGCCUCCUCGCCCUGAUCCCGAGUUCUUCCCUUUUAUUCUUACAUGAAUCAUGAGAAUGGAAAGCUUGAGUCAGCUUUUUUGCUCUCCCUGUCCCUAUUUGGGGCCAGAUUGCCUGUCAUUACCUGGCACUGGGUGGAACAGGGACUUUUCCCACGGGUCACAGUUGGCACAGGGGUGAAUCCAUCCAGCCUGGUUUUCCUGAAUUUCUCAUUUUCCCAUUCUGCCUGGUUCUGAGUUCAGCCCUCCACAUUUCCACAUCAGUUUUACGUCUACAGCCUCCCUUCCUCCCUGAUACGCACUUUUUGCGCAAAGCAGUUUCUGUUGGGAUACUGCCGGGGAGACGGGGCAUCAGGCAGGCCCCCAGCUGGCUCCGGACGAUCACCGGUCUCCCGUGGAACAGCAGCAGUCAGCCAGCGACAAUGAGCCUCAGAUACGUUUAGAGACCCGUGCACAGCAGAGUGUGUAAAUCUCCACAACGGAAGAGGCAAACAGAGAUGUGCAAGCAUAACGUACAGGAUUUUAUUCAGCAUAGCUCAGGAACAAAGGAAAACAUGUCUGCUUGCCUUCGUUUCCAGCAAAAACAAAACAGCAGUAUAGCAAAAGCAAAAUACAACGGAAGUUCCCAGCAGACUGUGCUGGGAGUAAACAGGCAUGUGAUACACAAACGUCAUGCCUGUACCCUUUUAAGGUGGAAUGGAACUAUAUCCUAACAUCCUCCCCCCUUCCAUGUAACCUGUAGUACCUGUGGUUCAACCCAAUUGCAACCUCUGUACCUAAAUCUUAACUUGUUCUCUGUUAACAACCUUAGGCAACAGAUCUGCAGGAAUUUCGUUUCCUGGCAUGUAGGACACUUGAAUGAGUCCCUUCUGAAUACACUCUUCUGCACGAUGUAACUAUAUAGCCUAACAGUUUCCACUAAUGUAAUGCCCUUUCGAUAUGUUGCUUUUCACCUAUUAUAUGUGUUUAUAUGCACGCUUAACAUUCCGGUGUAUUAAUUUCUGCACACAUUUCAGGGAACUGGGGAACUGCAUUGCAUAAUUCAGAAAAGUGCAAAUUCCCAAGGUCGGCUGGGUUUUGGUUUGAGUGCAGUUUCACCAACUGCGGGUAUUAGGCAGGUUCAACUUUACAUGCCAACUGGAUGUAAAGGCCUUUCCCAACCUUUCUCACGUGUGGUUCUUUUGACUGUAGGCAUGGGAGUCCCCACGGUGACAGCGGCUCGCAUCCUGAAGGGGCAGCUGAGCAACAACAAUGGGGAAGAGACAGUCCUGGAAAUGGACCGGUUCCCCUUUGUGGCUUUGUCCAAGGUAAGGAGACCUCUCCAGCCCUGCCUCUACUCCCAUUCUCUUCUUUUUGAUGGCCAUCACAAAGGCUGUGGUCCUUCUUUACUCGGGUGAAGAUAAGACAGAAGGUCUGCUACCCUGUGAUUCUUUUAAAAAAUAAAAAAGAUAAAAAUAAAAACCCCUUUCUUUAAAACAUGUGGAGCCUCACCCUUUGAUUCCAGCAAACGUAUGUGGAAACUCGUAGUUAACAGAUUCAUGCACGCUUAAUCUCUGCGCUUUUACUCAGAGGUACGUCCCAUCAUCGACUUCUGAUGUUCGAGUUGUUUUAAGUGAUGUUGUUUCAAGCUGCCAAAAUGGCAACGCCCACUGCUCAGGAGUGAACAAACCUCGAGGUUUAUAAAACAGCACCAAAAUAUAUUCUUCUUCUUUGGCGAUCCCUCGUAGCAGAGUAAGAUUGUCUUCCAUGAACACGGUCUUAACAGUGAGUCUGUAAGUGGCUGUGGAGGCCAAUUCUGGAUCCACAUGUCCUUCCACAGAGGGGACACUGGUUUUCGGGCGGGAGUUGAUCACAGUGAGGGUUUGCCAAACAUGCCUUCCUCUUAGCACAUUUCUCCCUUGCGUUCUGAGUUUGAGCAUCUUCAAAGCCCAUGACACCUUUGGUAAAGGCUGUUCUCCAACUGGAGCGCUUGCAGGCCAGUGUUUCCCCAUUGUCGGUGUUUAUACUACAUUUUUAAGAUUUGCCUUGAGAGUCUUUAAACUCUUUUGUUGACCACCAGCCUUACGCUUUCCAUUUUUAAGUUUGGACUAGAGUAGUUGCUUUGGAAGAUGAUAAUCAGGCAUCCACACAACAUGACCAGUCCAACAAAGUUGAUGUUGAAGAACCAUUGCUUCGACACUGGUGAUUUUUGCAUUAGUUUGCCUGCCUUCCCAAGUGAUGUGUACAAUUUUUUGGAGACACCAUUGACAGAAACUUUCAAGGAGUCGGAGAUGGCGUUUAUAAGUGGUCCAUGUUUCACAAGCAUACAGUAAGGUUGGUAGUACAAUAGCUUUGCAAACAAGCGUUUUGGUUUCCCUGCGAAUGUCGCAGUCCUCAAACACUCUGCACUGCAACUGGGAGAAAGCUGCACUUGCCGAGCUCAGGCGAUGCUGGAUUUUGGCACCAAAAUAUAUUAAAUGGUGGAAGGAAACACCCGAAGCAUCCCAGUGAAGAAUGGUAGUGCUCUGUGGCCAUGGAACGCUGACCAACUUCUGCAGGAAAUCUAGGAACAAAAACAAGACCCUUGGUCCAUCUAGCCCAGCCAUGCCUACACUGACUGGCAGAAGCUCUCUCCAAGGUUUCAUUUUUUUUUAAAUGAUAUUUAUUAAAAUUUCAAAAAAAAUACAAGAAUUACACAAAAACAGAAAAUAAAAAAUACAAGAAAAUACAAGAUACAGAAAAAAGAAUAACAAAACCCUUAUUAAGUACCAAAUUAGACUUUCCCCCCCUUUUGAAUCCAAUUUAAUCCUACUCACGGGUAGUUGCUUUCAAAGUCCAAUUGUCCCAGAAAAAAGGCAGCGCUCUCCGGUAACAGCUUCGCGGCUUCGCUCCAUGGAAGAAGCACUUAGCUCACAGCACCACGCCACCCCCGCUCCGCUCCAGAGCCCGUUGCCGAGCUCCUUUUGCAAUUGGGGGGGCGCAAACGGUGCCCGCUGAGUCCCACGGUCACAGGCUUCACCCGCCUGUGAUUUUUGGAGGGUCCCUGCUGCGCCGUAGCGGUACAGACCCAAUUUCCGUAGAGCCGGUUCCCUCCGAAUCAGAGGGAAGCAGCCAUUACCGAUGGCGCCACCCCGGAAGUCCACUCUCGCCAAGGUUUCAAGCAGAGAGCCUUUGCCCACUCCUGCCUGUUAGGGACUGAACCUUGGAAAUGCAAAGCGGUUGCUCCAUCGCUGAGGAGGGUGCCAGGUGGUCUGAGGCUGAUUUAAAUGAUCAAGCCGGUCCUUCAAGAGGGGCUGUGAUGCCAAGAGACAUACUGAUGGGGAUACUGUAAAACAAAAUUCACAGUGCUUUGCUGAGCCUGGGUGUAGCCUGAAUCCAGUGCCCAGGCUGGCAAACUGGUACGCAGAGCAGAUUCACGUGGCAAGAGCAAUGUGGGGCAUUCUCCCCUUGCCCCAUUUCUAGGGAUGUAGGGAUGCAGGUGGCGUUGUGGGUUAUACCACAGAGCCUUGGGCUUGCUGAUCAGAAGGUCGGCGGUUCGAAUCCCCACGACGGGGUGAGCUCCUGUUGCUCGGUCCCUGCUCCUGCCAACCUAGCAGUUCAAAAGCACGUCAAAGUGCAAGUAGAUAAAUAGGUACCACUCUGGCAGGAAGGUAAAUGGCGUUUCCGUGCGCUGCUCUGGUUUGCCAGAAGCGGCUUAGUCAUGCUGGCCACAUGACCUGGAAGCUGUACACCGGCUCCCUCGGCCAAUAAAGCAAGAUGAGCGCCCCAACCCCAGAGUCGGUCACGACUGGACCCUUUAACUUUACCUUUUAAGGAGGCAGCAAUUUCCUUUUUUUCUGAAGUUGUUUUUAUUAAGUUUUCCAAAAUUUCACACAUAAUAAAAACUCCCUUCCCUGACUUCCCAGCCCCUUUUCAUGGUGUUUCUAGUUUUCUCCCUCUAAACCUUAACAAAACUACUAUAAUAUUUAACCCCUCCUGUUGCCCAUCAUUCAAAUCCUGCUCACGGGUCCAGCCCCCGGACAGCUCCCCCCCCCAGACGACAUCUGGAAGCUGGCCCUUUCCAGAGCAACUCCUUAAGUGCCUCGCUGUGACAAAAACAAACCAACCCCAACCUCUCUCACCACCAAAGGAACACAAGUGAACAACACAAGCAACGCUGACACCAAACUCUACAUACAUUAAACAUAAUAGAAACACCGCCACCCGACCCCACCCCAUCCAUCUUCCCUCUCUCCACCCCCCCUUUCUUUUUUCUUUCUUUUUUUCUUCUCCCCCUAAUGCCUCAACAAAUGAAACGGAUUUGUAAAAAUGUUACAUGAAGAAAAGAAAAAAUACGAGGCACUACACUUCUGUAAAACAAGAAAAUCCUUAAUAAAAUAUUUAAAUAUUUAAAAAACAACAACAACAGAGCAAAUUCCUCCCUGCCCCAGCUUGGAAUCUGCCUUCUGUUUUGGCUGGUCUUGUGGCGGAUGCAUUCACAUGUUUGGUAGACCACCCCUUGUGCCCUGGCGGGGUGACUCUGGGUCAACCGGCUGCGAGUUCUUCUUAAAAAAGAAAGAAAGAAGAAACACAAGAACAAAUUGCACAGGAUUCCCUGCCCUGAUGCUAUUCCAGGUUCUUCUUAAUGGGAUUCUCAAGUAAUUUGUGAGCAUUAAAGAAGAAAACAAAGUAGGGAUAUCACCCCUGCCAGUCAGUGCAGGCAGUACUGAGAUAGAUUGGGCAGAGGUGCUGAUCCAUCAGCUUCCUAGAGUAAGCUACAGUACUGGUGCCAGCAGCUAGAUGCAGGCAAGCGGUUUGUGUGCUCCCCUAAAACACGUUUAUUAGGAAGAGAGCCCUGUGGAUCACAACAGGACCUACAGUGGUACCUCGGGUUAAGUACUUAAUUCGUUCUGGAGGUCCGUUCUUAACCUGCAACUGUUCUUAACCUGAAGAACCACUUUAGCUAAUGGGGCCUCCUGCUGCCGCCGCGCCACCGGAGCACGAUUUCUGUUCUCAUCCUGAUGCAAAGUUCUUAACCUGAAGCACUAUUUCUGGGUUAGCGGAGUGUGUAACCUGAAGCAUCUGUAAGCUGAAGUGUAUGUAACCCGAGGUACCACUGUACUUCUGAGCGAGUGUGCCCAGGAUCUCACAACUGGGCCCUUUUCACAGCCCCCUGCUAAGGGACCGUCCCAACCGCCUGCAGCAAGGAGCCCCUUCAGCAAAUUUGUGGGCUGCAUCAAGAAAACAUUCUGUUUGCACAGACCCAGAGUCAAUAUGUUUUCCUGGACGAACGCUGCGUUCCAGUGUUCUGAGAGGCUGGACGGCAUUCUUCCUCCCAGACUCAAGAAACUCUGUUUAUUCCCCACCCCACCCCCUGAUCAUCACCAGUUAUCUUCAUUUUCCUAUUCAGGAAGUUUAAAAAGGUCCCUCCCAAGUAAGAUGCUCUGUCCGGUCAACUUGUUUUUGUCAUCCUCAGCCUGCUCUGGGCCAAGUGGGGGAAAGUCCAAACUUCAUAUGGGCAGGCCUCCAAGGGAUAAUUUGUCAGGGGCCACCAGAAGACCAGAAGCUUUUCUCUCUCACACAGUUUUUGCUACCCUCCUUUCUCUCUGUCACCCCCCUUUUUCAUUCUCUUUUUCGGCCACUCUCUUUCUUUCCUUCUAUCUGUUGAUCUACCUGUCAGGUGCUGGUUUGGUUGCUCGAGAGCAAACAGGGAAGACUCCAACUUGUCUUUUCCAGGCUUUAUUAUCCGUACAAACUAUUUACAGUGCAGAGCGUCACAAGCCUAUGUCUGCUCAGUCGCUGGCAGAAUCUGGGAGUGGGCGGUCCUUAUACCUUCCCCAGCAUAACAGUCGUGUGACCCCCAUCCUUCUCCUCCCCUCUCUGCGCCCAAACCUACUGCGCAGAGUGGGCGCUGGCAAAGGGGGACUUGCCUCCCCUCCGCUUUGCUCAGGCUGGGUGCUGAGGCUCCCCCUAGCAUCUUCUGAUCCCUGCACCCCUUCCCCACUGGAGGCGGGGCUUCCCUCCUAGCCAGAGGAAGUACUGCUUCACAAGAUAUUCAGAAGCUCCUCUGGAACACAACUGCCCUUCCACCUCUCACCUCUGGGCUGAUGGCAGUUCCCUGACGCUACCCAUCUAUUGAUCUUCCUUUUUCUUUUUUUAAAUAUAUUUUUAAAUUAAGUUUUACAUAACAAAUUUAAAUUCAAACACAUCAUUCACCUCUUCAAUUAGGAUUCUCUGAACCCCUUGACUUCCCUCUGCCUUUCCAUGGUUACCAUUAUAAAUCUUUCUUUCUUUUUUUUUUAAAAUAAAUUUUUAUUAAUUUUCCAAACAUAAGAUAAGAAAGCAAACAAUACACAAAACACCGACAUACAAACAUAUAAACAUGUAUAAUUUCAUAGCCAUUUUUCAUAAACCUUACUUUCCGGACUUCCCCAUACCUCCCCUUUUCUGCAUCCUUGUUUUAUAUUUCUUCAGCAACUCCUCAAUCAACUAAUUAUUCAGUUCAAUUUCUUUUAAGUUCUUCUAAUAUUAUUAAUUACAGCUGCAGUUCUCUGUUUCCCAACCCCUUGACAUUUUAACAUUCCUGAAUUUUGCAACAAGUUCUAAGAUAAACUUUAAAUUUCUUCCAAUCUUCUUCCACUGUCUCUUUCCCCUGGUCACGGAUUCUGCCAGUCAAUUCGGCCAGUCCCAUAUAGUCGAUCACCUUCGUCUGCCAUUCUUCCAGUGUGGGUAGUUGUUGUGUCUUCCAAUACUUUGCUAGAAGAAUCCUUGCUGCUGUUGUCGCAUACAUAAAAACGUCCUGUCCUUCCUUCUCACCAAUUGGCCGACAAUGCCCAAGAGAAAAGCCUCUGGUUUUUAGGGAAGGUCCAUUUAAGAACCUUCUUAAUUUCAUUAUAGAUCAUUUCCCAAAAAGCUUUUAUCCUCGGGCAGGUCCACCAAAGGUGAUAAAAAGUACCUUCAGUCUCAUUACAUUUCCAACAUUUGUUAUUGGGCAGAUGAUAAAUUUUUGCAAGCUUGACUGGGGUCAUGUACCACCUAUACAUCAUUUUCAUAAUGUUUUCUCUUAAGGCAUUACAUGCCGUAAAUUUAAUACCGGUGGUCCACAACUGUUCCCAGUCAGCAAACAUAAUGUUAUGACCGAUAUCUUGUGCCCAUUUUAUCAUAGCUGAUUUCACCGUUUCAUCCUGUGUGUUCCAUUUCAACAGCAGAUUAUACAUUCUCGACAGAUUCUUAGUAUUGGGUUCUAACAGUUCUGUUUCCAAUUUUGACCUCUCCAUCUGGAAACCUAUUUUCCUGUCCUGUUUAAAUGUCUCGUUUAUCUGAAGGUAGUGCAACCAAUCUCGCACUUUGGACUUUAAUUUCUCAUAGCUCUGUAAUUUAACUUUUCCCCAUCUUGUUCUAGAAUUUCACAAUAUUUUGGCCAUUUAGACUCCAUAUUAAGUUUUUUCACCUCUUUAGCUUCCAUUGGUGACAACCACCUGGGAGUUUUACUUUCCAAUAGAUCUUUAUACCGCAUCCAAACAUUGUAUAAUGCUUUCCUAACAAUAUGGUUUUUGAAACCUUUAUGCUGUUUUACCUUAUCAUACCAUAUAUAUGCAUGCCAACCAAAUCUAUUAUCAAACCCUUCUAGAUCCAAAAUAUCUGUAUUCUCAAGAAGUAGCCACUGUUUCAACCAGCAGAAAGCCGCCGAUUCAUAGUAGAGUCUUAAGUCCGGCAGGGCAAACCCCCCUCUAUCUUUAGCAUCAGUUAGAUUCUUAAAUUUUAUUCUGGGCUUUUUGCCCUGCCAGACAAAUUUAGAUAUAUCUUUCUGCCACUUCUUGAAACAGUCCAUCUUGUCCAAAAUCUGCAAUGUCUGGAAUAAAAACAACAUUCUAGGCAAUACAUUCAUCUUGAUAACAGCAAUUCGGCCUAACAAAGAAAGUUUCAACCUUGACCAUAUUUCUAGAUCCUUCUUUACCUCUGUCCAACAUUUAUCAUAAUUGUCCUUAAAUAAAUUCACAUUCUUAGAUGUUAAGUUUACCCCCAGGUACUUUACUUUUUCGUUAUCACUAGUCCUGUUUCAUUCUGAAACUUCUCUUUUCGGCCAAUGUUAAAUUUUUAUCCAACACUUUCGUUUUCUGUUUGUUCAGUUUAAAUCCUGCUACUUGACCAAAUAUCUCAAUUAGUUCUAAUACUCUUUUAGUACUAGUAUCUGGCUGUUGCAAGGUCAAUACUAGGUCAUCUGCAAAUGCCCUUAACUUGUACUGUUUGGCUCCGACUUGUACUCCUUUAACCAACUGGUCUCCUCUAAUCAUAUUUAACAAAACCUCCAGGACUAAUAUAAACAAUAGAGGGGAUAUUGGGCACCCCUGUCGUGUACCUUUUUCUAUAGGUAUUUCUUCCGUUACCACAUUGUUUACAAUUAACUUUGCUUUUUGUUUAGAGUAUAUUGCACCUAUACCAUUUUCAAACCCUUGACCUACCCCCAUCCCUUGGAGAUUCUUCUUCAUAAAACUCCAACCAAUAUUGUCAAAGGCUUUCUCCGCGUCCACAAAAAUUAAAACAGCCUUCCUAUUAAUGUCCACUUCUAACAGUUCCAAAAUGUCUAUAAUGUUCCUCACAUUGUCCGACAUAUAUCUCCCUGGAAGAAAGCCAGUUUGGUCUUUAUGAAUCUCCCCUACCAACACUCUCUUCAGUCUUUUUGCCAUAAUGUCCGUAAAAUUUUGUAAUCCACAUUAAGUAAUGAUAUAGGGCGGUAGUUUUUAACCUGGUUCUUUUCAGUCUCAGUUUUCGGUAUAAGUGAGAUAAAUGCUUCUUUCCACGACUCUGGUGCCUUUUUCCCUCCAAAAUUUCGUUACAUACUUCCUUCAGUGGUUGUACUAACCAUUCCUUCAACACUUUAUAAUAUCUGGCGGUCAAACCAUCUGGUCCUGGAGCUUUUCCCAAUUGCAUCUUCUGAAUGGCACCCUCUAUUUCUUGUCCUGUUAUUUUCUCAUUCAAAUAUAAAUCUUUCUUUCUUCUGCUUUUAUCUUAUCUUCUCUAAUUCAUAAUUCAUUUUUCCAAAGUUUUUUGUACGUUACAAGCAAUACAGUGGUACCCCUGGAUACAAACGGGAUCCGUUCCAGAGCCCCGUUCGCAUCCAGAAGCAAACGUAUUUCGCCGCUUCUGUGCAUGCGCGUGACGUCAUUUUGAGCGCAUGCGCAAGCGGCGAAACCCGGAGGUAACGCACUCCAUUACUUCCGGGUUGCCACGGAGCGCAACUCAAACGCGCUCAACCUGAAGCGCAUUCAACCCAAGGUAUGACUGUACUCAAAUCCUGCCAAAGUUUUUCCAUCUACAUGUAUUGAUCUUUCAAUCUAUUGAUCAGCUAUCAAUCUUCUUUCCUUCUUCCUUCCUUCCUUCCUUCCUUCCUUCCUUCCUUCCUUCCUCCCCCCUCUCUCCCUCCCACCCAUUUUCCUUUCCCUUUCUGUCACCAACUUUCCCUCCUCCAUCACCCCCCUCUUUCCAUCUCUCCAGGCUGUCAAGGGAACAAUCUGCAUUGCUGCUGCCACAAAGGGCUGUACUGAUUGCUUGCAGAGGGAUUUUGAAAUUAGGCCGGGGCCACAUAAAACUAGGUCAAUGUGCCGCAGGUCUCCCGCAUGCCCCUUAUAUGGCACGGGUGCAGAUUCCUCCCCAGCUUUUUUGCACCCAUAUUCCAUCCCAAUGCUCUAGGCAGCUUCAUACCCCAGCCCAACUGCAGCCGAGGUUGCUACGAUUCCUCAGGUAUUUUUAAUUUGCGCUACGACAUUUUUAACUGGGCUGCCGCCAGUGUGAGGACUGAGGCAACAAACAUCCCACCUGCAUUCUAUUCAAUUGUUUUUUUGGUCUUCUCUCCUAACAAAUUGGUCCUUUCCCCUCUAUUUGACAGUGCUGGGUAUUUUUAAAAAUUGUUUUAGUGAGUUAUAAUGUAUGUUUAACUCGUGUGUAAUGUUUUAUUAUGUUUUUAUAUAUGUUGGAAGCCGCCCACAGUGGCGUAGCGUGGGGGGUGCAGGGGGGGCCGGCCGCACCGGGCGCAACAUCUGGGGGGGGAGCGCGCUCGCACUCGCAGCUCUCUGCCCCUACUAAAAUCCACGGGUUAGGGGGCGCAAAUUACUUGCCUUGCCCCGGGUGCUGACAACCCACGCUACGCCACUGGCCGCCCAGAGUGGCUGAGGCAACCCAGUCAGAUGGGCGGGGUACAAACAAACAAACAAACAAAAUUAUUAAAUCUAUAUGUUUGUUCUAUUUAUGCUUCAUUGUUUUUUUAAUGAGUUCUCUUUCCCCACCCCUGUCUCUACUUUUUAGCUGUCAGCCACCUUGAGUUCCUGUCAGGAAAAAAGCCAGGAUAUAAAUGAUGAUGAUAAUAAUAAUAAUAAUAAUAAAAAUAAACAAAAUAAAAUAAAAUAAAAUAAAAUAAUAUUGACAGACGCACCAGGGGGGAACUGAGGAUGUUCGUGGGCUUUACUGCUGUGCAAUGGGGAAGGGCUGCCAGCCAUGGGGCUGAUCCUGCCUCAGAGCCUUAUUUCAGGCUUUCUCUCAGGGAUUAGCUCACAGCUUGGGCAGCAGAGGCAGGAAAAAUGUAUGGGGGGCGGAGAGAAACUCAUCCUCUCCAUCACACCAAGUAUCUGCCCUACCAUGUUCAAACUCUUUAUUAUUAUUAUUAUUUCAUUAGGUAACAAUUACACGCUGCUUGAUUUUAAGCCCUCCUCAAAGCAGUUGGAAGGAUAAACUCAUCCAUAAGAAAAACCAACAACGAUCAUUUAAAGCUUUUGAAAAGUUAAAAUAACGAUCGACUGAAAAAACAGAUUAAAACUCGCGUCAACUUUCUAAACGUCUGGGUGGGCUCGUAUAAACAAAAAUCUUUUUAGCAAGCGCCAAAAAGAGCACAGCAAAGGGGCCUGCUAGAUAUCAAGGGGCAGGGAGUUCCAAAGUGCCCUUUUUUUUACUUUUCAUUUUUACAAAUGCGGAACGGGUUUAUGUGGCCCCUGUAAAGGUAAAGGGACCCCUGACCAUUAGGUCCAGUCGUGGCAGACUCUGGGGUUGCGGUGCUCAUCUCGCUCUAUAGGCUGAGGGAGCCGGCGUACAGCUUCCGGGUCAUGUGUCCAGCAUGACUAAGCCGCUUGUGGCGAACCAGAGCAGUGCACGGAAACGCCGUUUACCUUCCCGCCAGAGUGGUACCUAUUUAUCUACUUGCACUUCGUGCUUUCAAACUGCCCUUCUGCCAUUGCUCCCCGCAGACGUACAACACGAACGCCCAGGUCCCAGAUAGCGCUGGCACAGCCACGGCUUACCUGUGUGGGGUGAAGGCCAACGAGGGGACGCUGGGGGUCAGCGCGGCUGUGACGAGGUCCCAGUGCAACACCACGGCGGGGAACGAGGUGACCUCUAUCCUCAAAUGGGCAAAGGCGGCAGGUGAGUGGGACAACGGGUCCAAAAUCAGGGGUGUCCAGUGGCUCCUUCCGACAGAUAACUUUUACUGCCAGAGUUGGGUGAAAAUUUAUUUAUUUAUUUUAAAGCCACUUGCUGUUUGGAAGCAACGUUGUUUGUGUGCCCUCUGAAUGCAAAAGUGAAAAGUUACUGGUGCUUUUCUGGGGGCAGGGAUGCAACUCAGGGACAGAGCCUCUGUUUUGUAGGCAGCAGGUUGCAGGUUCAAUCACGGGGGGCUAGAUUCCCAGAGAGCAGCUGCUUGUCAAUGUCAGAGAAACUGAUCUAGAUGAGUCAGUGGCCUGACUUGAUCCAAGGCAGCUUCCUAUGUUCCCAGACUCUCCAAGUCUGGGAUUUUCCAGGGAUUUUCCAGGGACAGUCCCGGAUUUACAGAAGCCGUCCCGGUUUCUAAUUUGAUCCUGGAAUGUCCCACUUUUCCUUAGGACAUCCCUAUUUUCAUCAGAGAAAUGUUGGUGGGUAUGGAGUUACACGACCCCCGAGCCAAGGAGAUGAGUAACUAUACAGUGGUACCUUGGAAGUCGAAUGGAAUGCGUUCCGGAAGUCCGUUUGACUUCCAAAAUGUUCGGAAACGAAGGCAUGGCUUCUGAUUGGCUGCAGGAAGCUCCUGCAGCCAAUUGGAAGCCGCAUCAGAUGUUCGGGUUCCAAAGAACGUUCACAAACUGGAACACUCACGUGUUUGGGAGCUAAAACGUUUGAGUUGCAAGGCAUUCGUCGACCAAGGUACGAUUGUACAACCUUCAGAAGACAGCCCUGUAUAGGCAUUUUUUUUAAUGUUUAAAGUUUUAUCAUGUUUUUAUAUAUGUUGGAAGCCUCCCAGAGUGGCUGGGGCAACCCAUUUAGAUGGAUGACGUAUAAAUAUUAUUGUUAUUACGGCAUAAAGGUAAAGGGACCCCUGACCAUUGGGUCCAGUCGCAGCCGACUCUGGGGUUGCUCAUCUCGCUUUCUUGGCUGAGGGAGCCGGCUUGCAGCUUCCAGGUCAUGUGGCCAGCAUGACAAAGCCGCUUCUGGCGAACCAGAGCAGCGCACGGAAACGCCGUUUACCUUCCCGCCAGAGCGAUACCUAUUUAUCUACUUGCACUUUGACGUGCUUUUGAACUGGUAGGUUGGCAGGAGCAGGGACUGAGCAACGGGAGCUCACCCCGUCACGGGGAUUCGAACCGCUGACCUUCUGAUCGGCAAGUCCUAGGCUCUGUGGUUUAACCCACAGCGCCACCCGCGUCCCUAUUACGGCAUAGGAUGUCCCUAUUUUGAUCGGAGAAAUGUUGGAGGUUAUGUGUUCCUGUUUAAGCCAGCCCUUCCUUCUGAACCAUGAGGAGUAGAAUUUUGAUUUUUUUUUAAAGGAAGGACCGUAGCUCAGUAGGAGGAGGGACACAGUCCACAGUCUACAUAAAGAGGCCUGGAAGAUCACAUCUGGUGAUCUAAGGCUUCCCCACCCCUGUUGACAUCCUAAUAAUAAAUUUGGUUUAUUACUCACCCUUCACCCUAAGGCCCCAGGGCAGGUCAUAACAAUUCAAAAUGCACCAGCUUUGAAACACAUUGCAAGAGUAAAGCUCACUGGUUGAUAAGGCAUUUUGAAAAUCAUGGGCUUUGAGAGAUAAAUGCUUGCUUAUUAUUCCGUUAACAGCACAAUCAAGAGCAAGUACCUCCAAAUUAAAUGUGGCUUAUUCCCAAGGGUACAUAAGAUGGCAGCUUAGGCUUUACCAUCACUCAGCCUGUUAUCUGCGCUUUUAAGACAAGGCCUGGCUUUUAUCAAUACUUUUUAAAAAAUCCAUUUGUUCAAUAUGGGGCUUCAGUGAAAAGUUGCUGGAAUUUUCCACUUUUCUCCCCAAAUGGGGGAAGCAUUUUUAUUUGUGGGUCUUUCCAGAUCCAGAGCUGAACGUUGGGUUUUGCUCUCAUUCUUGUGUGAAAAUAGGUGGGCUUUUUUUUAACCGCCAAGCAAAAGUUUCCUCUUAAAACUUCACUUAGUAACAGAUUGCAGAUAGCUUUCUGGAAGGGUGUCAGAAUACUUUAACCACAAUAAGUGCAUUGUCCGGGACAAGAGCUGGACUUGAGACUGGUUUGAUACGCAAGCAAAACAGAAUCUUCGUGUCCAAGUUUUCGCAGCAUUGGAGAGAAGGGCUGUAUUAAAAGCCCAGUGGCAAAGCACAUCAAUUUGCACAUGGAAGGUACCUGGUUUAAUCCCUAAAAUUGCUUGAUAGGCCUGGAAACGGCUAUCUGGUUGCUACUAGCAGGUGGCGCUGUGGGUUAAACCACAGAGCCUAGGGCUUGUCGAUCAGAAGGUCGGCAGUUCGAAUCCCCGCGACGGGGUGAGCUCCCGUUGCUCAGUCCCUGCUCCUGCCAACCUAGCAGUUCGAAAACAUGUCAAAGUGCAAGUAGAUCAAUAGGUACUGCUCCAGCGGGAAGGUAAACGGCGUUUCCGUGCGCUGCUCUGGUUCGCCAGAAGCGGCUCAGUCAUGCUGGCCACAUGACCCAGAAGCUGUAUGCCAGCUCCCUCGGCCAUUAAAGCAAGAUGAGCACCGCAACCCCAGAGUCGGCCACGACUGGACCUAAUGGUCAGGGGUCCUUUACUUUAACCAGGAUGGCUAAGCUUUGCCUUUGUGGUUGGAGGCAGCCGUGCUUCCAAAUACCAGUUUCUGCUGGAAGCCACAGGAGGAGAGAGGGCUCUUGUGCUCAGUUGGGUCCUGUUUGUUGGUUUCUCCUUGGGGCAUCUGGGUGACCCCUCUGGGAUCAGCACACUGGACUACAUGAGCCAUUGGCCAGAUCCAGCAGCCAGGCUCCCCAUUCAUUCUUAACAGGAAGGAGCGUCUCCACCCCCAUUGUUCUGCCCGGACACUGAGGUCCAGUGCCGAGGGCCUUCUGGCAGUUCCCCCAACAGGGAACCAGGCAGAGGGCCUUCUCGGUAGUGGCACCUGCCCUGUGGAACGCCCUCCCGCCAGAUGUCAAAGAGAAAAACAACUACCAGACUUUCAGAAGACAUCUGAAGGCAGCCCUCUUUAGGGAAGCUUUUAAUGUUUAAUAGGUUAUUGUAUUUUAAUAUUCUGUUGGGAGCCACCCAGAGUGGCUGGGGAAACCCAGCCAGAUGGGCGGGGUAUAAAUAAUAAAUUAUUAUUGUUGUUGUUUAGUCGUUUAGUCGUGUCCGACUCUUCGUGACCCCAUGGCCCAGAGCACGCCAGGCCCUCCUGUCUUCCACUGCCUCCUGCAGUUUGGUCAAACUCAUGCUGGUAGCUUCGAGAACACUGUCCAACCAUCUCGUCCUCUGUCAUCCCCUUCUCCUUGUGCCCUCCAUCUUUCCUAACAUCAGGGUCUUUUCCAGGAGUCUUCUCUUCUCAUGAGGUGGCCAAAGUAUUGGAGCCUCAGCUUCAGGAUCUGUCCUUCCAGUGAGCACUCAGGCCUGAUUUCCUUCAGAAUGGAGAGGUUUGAUCUUCUUGCAGUCCAUGGGACUCUCAACUGUCUCCUCCAGCACCAUAAUUCAAAAGCACCAAUUCUUUGGCGAUCAGCCUUCUUUAUGGUCCAGCUUUAUGGUCCAGCUUAUUAUAUUAUUAUUAUAUUAUUGUUAUAACAGUCUAAGGCAGCUUCCAGCACCCCUGGACUGCAUCCCCUGGUAAGUACCAGGAGCAUCUGAGCAGAUACAGGAGGGCCCUGGAUUGACCCUCUCCAGGUGAGGCUGGGAACAUCUCCUGCCUGAAAUGAGCAUAGCACAAGGUCUGAAUCAUAGAGUUGGAAGGGACCCUGACGAUCAUCUAUCAGUGUUUCCCAAACUUGGGUCUCCAGCUGUUUUCGGACUACAAUUCCCAUCAUCCCUGACCAGUGGUCUUGCUAGCUAGGAAUGAUGGGAGUUGUAGUCCAAAAAAACAGCCGGAGACCCAAGUUUGGGAAACGCUGAAUUCCAGUCCACCCCCUGCAAUGCAGGAAUAGACAGCUGGCCCUUAUGGGGAUUGAACCUGCAACCUCUGCGUUACAUCUGUUCAUGAUAGAAAAUUUGUGUGAUUAUACAUAUAUGAGAAAAAUUCCACCAGGAUAUUUAUAAAACGGGAAGCGCUAAGUCACGCUGCUCAAAGAAGCGGCCCUCUUUAUCGUCGCCGCUGAAAUGUUUUGGAGGAGCCAAAGGCUCUGAUCCUUCCUGUUGUUGUUGUUGUUUUAAAUGAAUAAACAGAUGGAAAAUGCCAAGAAAACAUUGCUUUUGAAAAAUGCAUUCUGUUGAUGCUGAAAAAACAACAACCAAUCCAACGUUUUGGACAUGAGUCCAUAGUUAAAUGUCUGAAGAGAAACCUGUUUGAUCGCUGUCCCUUCAUGGCCCAGCUGGUUUGAGUGGCCUCGGUGGUCACACUGUGAUUUUGGGGGUGUGGGCUGGAACGAAAUCAGAUCAAAGCCUGACAUUUGCAGGUGCCCACACUCGGAACCUCUCUGCCCACUUUUUCUCUCUUUCUGCCAAACAGAGCGCCUCUUUCCAUGGAUCAGCUGGAAACCGCGAUUAAAAAUAAACCCUCGGGUUCCCCCUCGACCGGGGUGUGUGCCCCCAGCUCCAAUUACAAAGGAGGCUUGUGCCUGGCCUUGCCUUUAUCCAUGCUGCCCCCAUGGGGCUGGUGCAGAGAGACGGUGGGGGAGAAGGAAGGAAGUGCGAAAAGCGAAGGGAUGAUCUGGAGGAGACACAGAGCGCAGUUGUUCUGCUUGUUCUCCGUGGGCUCCGAGGGACAGGCGAGGAGAGCCAAAAAUCACUCUCGGCAAGAUGAUUAACUCCGCAGAGCGGAACAAUGUUUAACCGGCUGUGUCGAUAGACAGAAUAAUGUGUUUUCAGCAGCACGGUUUGACCCCGUUGCAUGCCCAAGAUGUGAGAGGGGUCAUUUAGCUUGGGAGAAGAGGGGAGGGAGUUUGGUGGCGUCUUGCCCAGAAGGGGUUUUUUUGAGCUUGGCUUCUGUGCCCGCUGAGUUUUGCCAAAGUUCAUGCCGUCGGCCCUGGAAAGCCUCGGCCUCCAGGCCUCCAGGAUGAAGAGCGCAUCUUUGCCUUGACGGUGCGCUUCCUUUGCUUCUCUGGUCCCAGGCAAAUCGGUGGGCAUCGUCACGACAACGCGGGUCAACCAUGCCACGCCGAGCGCGGCCUAUGCUCACUCUGCCGACCGGGACUGGUACUCCGACAACGAGAUGCCCCCUGAGGCCAUCCAGCAAGGCUGCAAAGACAUCGCACACCAGCUUUUCGAAAACAUCCCAGACAUUGAGGUGAGCGCGGGUCAGCCAAGAACAGCUGCGGGGCGGUUUUAAUAUAAGAGGGGAAGAAGGGCAAUGAAGAGUGGACAGGGCGGAGGGGACCUGGAUAGCUCUGUUGGUCAGAGCAUGGUUCUGAUAACUCCAAGGUUGCAGAUUUGAUCCCCAUAUGGGAGAGCUGCAUAUUUCUGUAUUGCAGGGGAUUGGAUCCUUAACAGUGCUUUUUUGGGGGGGAGACAUGGGGGUAUGCAUACCCCUAAACAAUUUGUGAAUCUACGUUUGGCCACAUUGAGGGGCAGUAUUUCAAUAUGAGUAGGAAAAUGAGUAGGAAAAUAGGGACGCGGGUGGCGCUGUGGGUUAAACCACUGAGCUUAGGGCUUGCCAAUCAGAAGGCUGGUGGUUCGAAUCCCCGCGACAGGGUGAGCUCCCGUUGCUCGGUCCCUGCUCCUGCCAACCUAGCAGUUCAAAAGCACGUCAAAGUGCAAGUAGAUAAAUAGGUACCGCUCUGGCAGGAAGGUAAAUGGCGUUUCCGUGCGCUGUUCUGGUUUCGCCAGAAGCGGCUUAGUCAUGCUGGCCACAUGACCUGGAAGCUCCCUCGGCCAAUAAAGCAAGAUGAGCGCCACAACCCCAGAGUCGGCCACGACUGGACCUAACGGUCAGGGGUCCCUUUACCUUUACCUUUUUAGGAAAAUGAGAGUACCCCUAAACAUUUUUAUUUUACUUUUUAAGAAAAAAGCACUGAUCCUCAGGGUCCCUCUAGAAUUCUAUGAUUCUAUGGAUACGAAAAGUGGGGAAUAUAAAUGAAAUCACAGCGUAUUUGGGGUGAUUCUAUCUCUCUUUGAUGAGCCAAUGUAGUGGUUAAAGCAGGAGUCAGCAAACUUUUUCAGCAGGGGGCCGGUCCACUGUCCCUCAGACCUUGUGAGGGGCCGGACUAUAUUUUUUUGAGGGUGGGGAUGAACAAAUUCCUAUGCCCCACAAAUAACCCAGAGAUGCAUUUGAAAUAAGAGGACACAUUCUACUCAUGCUGAUACCCCAACCGUCCACGGGCCGGAUUUAGAAGGCAUCUAGUCCACCCCCUGCAACGCAGGAAUCUCAGCUAAAGCAUCCAUAUCAGAUGGUUGUCCAACCUCUGCUUUAAAAACCUCCAAGGAAAAAGAGUCCAUUACCUUCCGAGGGAGGCCGUGCCACUGUCAAACGGCUCUUAAUGCCAGGAAGUUGAUCCUUUUUUGUAACUUGAAGCCAUUGGUUUGAGCCCUACCCUCCAGAGCAGGAGACCACAAACUCGCUCCAUGUGACAACCUGUCAGAUAUUGGAAGACGGCUCUCCUAUCUCCUCUCAGUCUUCUCUUCUCCAGGCUAAACAUCCCCAGCUCCCUCAAACAUUCCUCAUAAGGCUUAGUUUCCGAACCCUCCACCAUCCUGAUCUCUUCCCCCUCAGAUGUAGAGGUCCCUGGGUGAGACCUUGGGCCAGUCCCUGCCUCUCAGCCUAACCUACUUCGCAGGAUGGCUGUUGCGGGGAUUAAACAAGGAGAGGCAGAACGAUAUACAGUCAUACCUCAUGUUACGUUUGCUUCAUGUGACGUUUUUUCAGGUUGCGUCCCGCGGUGACCUGGGUUACUUCCGGGUUUCACUGCUUGUGCAUGCACAGUAGCGCUAAAUCACGCUUCACGCAUGCGCACAAGCACCAAAUCACGCUGCUCACCUGUGCAGAUACGGUGCUUCAGGUUGCGGGCUUUUCAUGUUGCGAACGGGCCUCUGGAACGGAUCCCGUUCGCAACCAGAGGUGCCACUGUACACCACUUGGAGCUCCUUGUUGGGAAUAGACGGGCUGGAAAUACAGCAAAUGAAGGAAUUUGGGCCCUUGGAUUAUUUUUUAUUAUUAUUAUUAUUAUUAUUAUUAUUAUUAUUAUUAUUUUAUUAUUUAUACCCCACCCAUCUGGCUGGGUUUCCCCAGCCCUGUCCCUAGGGCCCACCCCUCAAUGGUCUUCCCCCUGAAUGUUUUUGCCUGACUGGUACCUGUCCCUGGACUCAGAUAAUGCCUCUUGCCUGCAUGAAUGGAGGUCAGAGAGGGAUGCGUGGAAACUAGCUUACUGCGCGAAGGGAAAAAUUCACAUCAAUUGCUCCACCUGCUUUUGCCCCACCCCUGGCAUGUGCCAACCCCCCCAGAAGGCAAUGCGUCCCUUGGGGUUUCUAAUGGCUCCCCACCCCUGAGAUGAGUGGUCCGUUUAGCUCCCAGCACUGUCUCCUGGGACUGCAGAACAGCUCAAGCUCUGCGGCAAGCCUAAUAAUUAUUCUACUUUGUGCAGAAUGUACUAUGCCGUACGUGGGAAACCACGGCCCUUCCUCGGGCGUUACUCUCGCUCUCUGGUUUCGGUAGCAAGCAGUUAUUUCGGAGAGCAAGGUGGGUGGGUGCGAGAGGGACACAAAAGGGAGGAUCCAGCUCUGGGUGGAUUUAUUGCAUUUUCAGUCCUGCUCCAAGGAGAUCAGGGCGACUGAAAACGGCCUCCCUAACCCCAUGUUAUCCUCAGGCUAACCUUGUGAGGUUCAGGGGUCACAUGACCUCGUGGGAAACCUUUCCAGGAUCACAUGACAGUGGUGCAUAAGUGGGCGGAGCAAUAGAUGCGAAUCUUACAUUUGUACCCUUGGAUGAGAAGCUCCCUAAUGCGUACUUCUCAAAGCAAUAUUUGAAGCACAGCAGUCCUUCAAAAUUCACACUUCACCAGAUUUUGCAAGGCACUUCUACAAGCAAACAAUAAGCACAACAAAAUGCAUCCUAUUCUGGGGAAAUUGCUUACAGAACCGUGUUUAUUAUUAUGAUUAUGAUUAUACUGAUGAAUUUUCACAAAGAUCGAAACAACAACAGCUCAAAUUGCUGUGGAGAUGUGGAGAUCUGAAUUGAAGACUGGAAAAUUUAGAAAGCCAGGGAAGCGGAAAAUUGACAGAAUAUUUAAUCCCUGCCCCCAGCUCCCCUCAGAUCUUUCAUUUGGGGUGGGUGGGUGGGAAAAGCCUGCCUUCUUUCUCUCAACGCUUCAUGGUGCAUAGAACAUAUACAAAUUGAAAUUGGUUAAAGCAUGAGGAGUCUUACAGCAACAACAAAAAUCUUUCUUUUUUAAAAGGAAACACCUUAAAUUAGAGAUUGUGGGGUGAAUUACCAUCUAAAGACUUGGCUGGGUCUUGGGAGACAGACAGACCUCUCUGUCUGUCUUGCAAUGAGCUGAAAAACGGGUGGGAUGAAUGAAACAGAAUCACCCAUCCCACAACAUUCACAGAAAAACCUCCUGUUUCUUUCAGGCAAAUGUGGUUCUCUCUUCUUCUUCUUCUUCUUCUUCUUCUUCUUCUUCUUCCUCCUCCUCCUCCUCCUCCUCUUCCUCUUCCUCUUCCUCUUCCUCUUCCUCUUCCUCUUCCCUUCUUCCCUUCUUGCCUUGCAUUGCAACUUUCUUUGCAAAUCUUGGAAGUUAAACCAAGAAGCGGUUUGUCUCCCUGUGAGUCACAGUGUUUCCUUGGUUGUGCAUAAAGGAUCAUCUUUCUGCCCUUGAAUCCUGCUCUUGUGGAAGAUACACUACUGCUGUCCUGAUUUGAUUCCCUUUUAUUGAAAGCUAAAAUCUCUAGCCCAGAUGGCUAGAGGGGUGGGCUGUAUAAAAGUUGAGGAAUCAGGUGACAGCCCUAUGUUUUAUCAGUUGCACAGAUAUUUCAUCUGGAAGGGGGGUGGGAAAGGAAUUUGGUUCGGGAUCUGUACUUCCCGAAAGAAUAAACACACCUAAUCGCAGCUACUCUUCAAAAGCCCCACUUCUCUGAAUUUUGCAAUGCCAAAUGUUCCUGAUGGAUAAAAGUUUAUAUUGAAGGGAAAUGCAUUAGUGGAAAGGACAUAUCAAAAUCUGCUGGCAAACCUUAGGGGUAAUUGCAUGGGGGGAAAACGUAGCCUAGAAGAAAUUUGCAUUCGGAUACUGGCAAAAUUUUCCGGGGACGUUAACGAGAAACUGCAAAGCGGUGUGAGAAUUUGGAGAAGUAGAGAUUGGAAAAAUGAGGAAAACCCAAAAUGGGUGACUUCAUCUAUUCCUUGCCUGGAACAACAGCCAGGCUCUUGGCUGGCUGAGAAGGAUAGACAAAGGUUAGAAGCUUUUGGCGUUUCCCAAGCAGCUGAUUUAACUAUAUGCAGAUCAGCUCAAAGAAAGCUUUCAGAGCUGCGAGUGGAAAAGUUGUGCGAAUCGGCGGCUCUGAGGGGGGCGAGAGGGGAGGCCCUUAAGAAUGCAACCCAAGAAAGUCUCCGGCAGUGCAGACCCUUCCUCCUCCUCCUUCACGCCGGACCAGAGAGUCUGAAUUGUGUCUCUGUUUCCCACAACAGCUGUUCUCGUCCUCUGCCUUGCAACCCAAAGAGGCGAGAGAAUGCGAGUGAGCAGGGUGGCCUCUUCCCAGUCCCUGCCUGCACCUGGCACUCGGGCAACGAGCCCCUGUUGCUAUUCAGGCCCACUCUCUCGAGGACCCAGCCAGCAGCCCCCACCUCCCAGGCCCGUUUCCCCCAAACACAGGAAGCUGGCAAGGGCGAGAGAAUGCCAGGAGGCCAGAGGGCACCUCUCUGCAGAUGCACUCCGCGUUCAGGGCGAAGAGAAGCUUGAAAGAUGCGCCGUGGUGCCGUGCGUUAAUCUUUUAUCUGGGCCAUUGUAGCAGAGCGCAUCGGUUGCAUCGUCACAGCAGGGCACCCAAUGCCAGCUGGCACAGCUUGCCCAAAAGCACAAUCAAUGCCCAUUGUCUCAGGCAGUGGGUACAGCAGGAGGGGACACAGCUCCCCCUGGUGGUGGAAUGAUGCCAGCAGCGCCUAGAGGCGAUGCUGAUGUCUCUGUGGGCCGAUGUUCGCACGGGAGGUUCUGCGGGCAGCAAUGGAGGUGUUGGAUGACGGGCUGUAGCUGGGCACCCAUUUGGUGCCUUGUGUGGCUGGUCUGGUCUGAAAUGCAGGAAUCUUAACCAAAGUGUCCAUGAUAGACGGCUAUCUUAAAAAACUCAAAGAAAGGGGAGUCCAUAACCUUCCGAAGGAGACCGUUCCCACUUAGUCAGAAUCUCUUUUCUUGUAAUAAUAAUAAUAAUAAUAAUAAUAAUAAUAAUAAUAAUAAUAUAUUAUUUAUACCCCGCCCAUCUGGCUGGGUUUCCCCAGCCACUCUGGGUGGCUUCCAACAAAGUAUUAAAAUACAGUAAUGCGUUAAACAUUAAAAGCUUCCCGAAAGAGGGCUGCCUUCAGAUGUCUUCUAAAUGUCUGGUAGUUGUUUUUCUCUUUGACAUCUUGAUGGGAGGGUGUUCCACAGGGCGUGUGCCACCACCGAGAAGGCCCUCUGCCUGGUUCCCUGUAACUUGGCUUCUCGCAAUGAGGGAACUGCCAGAAGGCCCUCGGCGCUGGACCUCAGUGUCCGGGCAGAACGAUGGAGGUGGAGACGCUCCUUCAGGUAUACUGGACCGAGGCUAUUUAGGGCUUUAAAGGUCAGCACAGACACUUUGAAUUGUGCUUGGAAACAUACUGAGAGCCAAUGUAGGUCUUUGGAGCCAUUAGUUUGAGUCCUACCCUCCAGAGCAGGAGAAAACAAGCAUGUUCCCUCUUCCACACUACAGCCCUCAAAAUGCAGAGAAUAGUCACCCAGAGGUGGAUUUAGGGGGACGCGACCAUUUUGGUUGCAUCGGGUGCAGAGCAGUGCUGCAACUAUGAUGUAGAAUGGAAGGCUUGAGGCAGGGUGGGGACGCCAAAUUUUGGCGUUGCCCAGGGCGCCGCUGAAAUUUGAGACCCCAAGAUCUGCCAUUGUCAAAGACCUUCUCUUCCUCCAUGAAUUUGUCUAAUCCUCUUUUAAAGUCAUCCUAGUGUGUGGUCAUCGCUGCUUUCUGCCGCUGGGAGUUCCAUAGUUUUAACCACGCACUACAUGAAGAAGUCCUUUCUUUUAUAGGUCUUCAGUCUUCCAGCAGCCAGCUUCUUUGGAUAGCCACGAGUUCUAGUGCUGCUCUCUGUGCCGCUCAUAAUUGUAUAAACUUUCCUGUUGCCUCUGACUUAUCUUUUCUCUAAACUUUUGCUCCCCAACAGCUCGCAAUUCAGAGGUUUCGGGGACACGAGUGACGCUGUGGUCUAAGCCACUGUGCUUCUUGGGUUUGCUGAUCGGAAGGUUCAGGCAUAGGCAAACUUGGCCCUCCAGAUGUUUUGGAACUACAACUCCCAUCAUCCCUGACCGCUGAGCCUGUUAGCUAGGGAUGAUGGGAGUUGUAGUCCCAAAACAUCUGGAGGGCAGAGUUUGCCUAUGCCUGAUUCAGGGGUACCCUUUCCCUCUGCCAUACCUGAUGAAGCAACCACCAGACAUCUUUUAAAGACACAAACUUUCCUCUUAACUUCCCUGCCUGAAACCCUGAGGAUCCACUACUGCCGGUCAGUGUAGACAACACUGAGUUAGACAGGCCAAGGGUCUGACUCAGUAUAAUGCAGAGUCUUUUGGGUUUUUUAAACUCUUCAGCCUUUAAAAGUAAUCAAUAUGCAAUCAGGAUCUUCCUAGUGCCCAUGAACCUGGUGGCAUGGCAUUUUCCGGAUGAAGAAGCAGGGCUUUUUCCACGCUCCUCGGAGGACUUUAAUCUAACAAAUGCAGAAUGAAAUAUAUACCCCCAGGGCAAAAAAUUUCCAGCUGAAACAGGAGAGAAAAAGGGGGAGAGUUGAGGGGGAGGAAAGGCCUGUUUCAAUGCGGUGCUGGCCGCUCGCUGUGGCAUUCAUUCCUCUGGGUGAAGAGGCGUUUUGCAGUGCACAGGCAAAGGAAGCCAGUUAUUAGAAGCCACUAAUGUUAUGCAAGCACAUGGGGGCUCCUGGGUUGCCCAGAGGAGGCUGAGCCAGGCAGCUCAGAAACUCAUCUGGCUUCCCACUCCCAGUUUUCUGAGGCCUUGCCAUGGAAUUAGAUUUCUCACCGGGCAAAACCGUGCGCUCUCCUGGCAGGUUGCGGAAGGCGCUGGGUCCCCGUGCGGCUGGUGGAGGAGGAAGGGCAGCAGUGAGGCACGAGUGCGAAACAUAGAUUUGUGCAAGAGAGGUGCUGGGGCCCAGAAGAUUGGGCAGGGCCAGCCGCACCCUGCCACAAACCCCACAGAAUGCUCUUCCCCCACCACAAAGGUCUGGCUAAGCCAGGCAUGACCUCGCAUUCCUGCUGCCUGCGGGCGCCUGGAGCGCUGCUGGGCGCCCUCCAAACAGCACUGGCCCAGGAACAGCCGGCGAUGCCAGGGGCAAUGUUAGCUUGGUUGCAGCAGCCGUGGCAGUGCAAACAGGCUGCCCCAGCGGCCCCAGCCACCCUAUGGUUUGAGCGACAGAGGUCAGUCUCCGGGCUCCUUUCACCGCUCGUAUCGUCCGAUGGAACCCGGCACCGCAUUUCCCCCCGGGGUAAAUAAAUAGGGGUGGGUGUGUCUCUCUACUUCAAAUAAACCCAUGGCAAAAAUAAAGCAAAAAGCUGAACCUGUUAUUUAAGCAGCUUAAUAUGUCCAUUAAAAAAAAAGAAGAUAAUAAUUUUAACUUUCUUCUGCAAUAAUUACAUGUUGGGCGAGCCAAUUCGGUUGGGUGUGUAAUUAAAUAUUCCCCUUCAAAUCUCUUUCCCCCCACCCCACAACCUGGCCCAGUUCUGCUGCACUGGAUGAUUCACCUUCUAAGACCCUAAAUCGAAGGAGGUUGGAGUGCCAGCAAAGAAACGUAAUUGUGGUCAAAUAAACAGGCUCUCCGUCGCAGGCCUUCUCAGAUGCAGCCCAGCUGAAUUAAGCUCCUAUUGGGCUGGGCAGAGAGCCUGCAAAGGACAGACUGCAGGAAGAGAGACAGUUGGGAAGCAUCUCUUUUAAACUUGCAGAGGUUUAUGAACCAGAUGUAGGACUUUCCUUAGACUUUUUCCUUCCCUUUCAAAAUGUUUCUAGUGCAUAGCUGUCAACCGUCCCUUAUUUGGCGGGAAACUCCCUUAUCCCAGCACCGUGUUCCGCUGCUGUCCCUUAUUGAUGAUGUCCCUUAAAUUUCCUGGGUUUCAAAGGAAGCAGCUCCUUUCCCUCCCUCCCUGCUGGCCAGGGAAGAGGGAGGCUUCAACUGUGUUGCUUGGCUGCCCAGCCCGGCCCCCUCCAGCCUCCUCUCACCAGCCUCGGCCCCCGGGAGCCUUGAGAGGAGAGUGAGGGCAACCAUAGAGAAAGCAGUUCAGAGAGAGGAGGCGGAGGCGCAGGCAGGUGUUCCAAGGGCUAACCAUAGAGGGGGGAAAGCGGAGGAAGGACCGCAAGCGCUUCUCCCAUAGAUUUGUAGUGGUAGGCUAGCAUAGAUGGUCUGAUCUGCGGGUUUGCUUCGGGCGCUAUUUCCCCCCCUCCUCCCACCCCGCCUGAUGGAACUGAGAGCUGCAGAUGGAGCAUGAGAGAAAAGAUACAGAACUGCAGCAGCAUCUUCGUAGCUUGGGCUUCAUUUUGCACGAAAAGUGGUUGCUGCUUGUAGUUAUUUAAUUGCAGCGUUUCAUCAGCUGGUGUCUUGAGCAGCAACCUCUGGAAACGAAGGGCUAAAAACCAGCGCUGCUCUCCCAAAUUAUCUGGUCCCUUUUAACUUCGUAUUUCAGCUGGUUGACUGAAAUCCCUUAUUUUGGCUGCUGAUCCCUUAUUUUCGAGGCUGCUGGUCCCUUAUUUUCAAAUCUGCAACUUGACAGCUAUGCUCUAGUGCCUGCUCAGCAAUUCCCUUCUUGGGCCAAGUUUUCUAUUAACAUUCUAACACUCCACCUUUUUUAUUCUGUCUGAACCGGUGCAAAGUGGAAACUGAGCAGAAUGAGAGAGGAGGUUCUUUGAAACCUCAUUUUGGGAAGUUUGUUUAUCCACGUCUUACAACCACAAUUCCUGCAGUUUUCCCACAAAACUGGAGCCAAGGUGUUCUCGUUCGUCCCAGAGUCAAAGUGGCAUGAUAAAAUGUCCAGAACAUGGAAAGGUCCUUAGAUACACCCUGCUGAGUCAGACGGUGUUCUGUUUACACUGGAACAAACUGUCCACCUUGACUUGCAUUCCCGGUUGCUCGCCUGCCUUAUCGCGGGAGCCCGUCGGGCGCUGCAGUAGACACAGUGCCAGAACUGGGCAGGACGCAGAUGCCCUAAGCUGCUUUGUUGCCCAUCAGGCUCAGGACCUGCUGCUCUGGCUGGCAGCAGCUUUGCAGGGUCUUGGGCAGAGAAGCAGCACUCCAGCCAGCCUGCUCUGUAACUAGGGAGGCAGGUGGCGCUGUGGUCUAAACCACUGAGCCUCUUGGGCUUGCCAAUCGGAAGGUGGGCGGUUCAAAUCCCCGCGACGGGGUGAGCUCCUGUUGCUCUGUCCCAGCUCCUGCCAACCUAGCAGUUCAAAAGCACACCAGUGCAAGUAGAUAAAUAGGUACCGCUGCAGCGGGAAAGUAAAUGGCGUUUCUGUGCACUCUGUUUUCCGUCACGGUGUCACAUUGCACCAGAAGCAAUUUAGUCAUGCUGGCUACAUGACCUGGAAAGCUGUCUGUGGACAAACACCGGCUCCCUUGGCCUGAAAGCGAGGGAACCCCAUAGUUGCUUUGACUGGACUUAGCAGUCCAGGGGUCAUUUACCUUUUUUUUUUUUUUUACCUGCUCUGUAACUCUCUGCCAGGGAUUGAACCUGAUGCAACACGUUGGCGACUGAUACACUCACAAUAAUUACCAAAAUAAUUAUACAUUCUUUAUCCAUCUUCUGAGAAAAAUACAAAACCUUGUGCAAAGCCUAAAAAGAUAAAGAAAACAAAAGCAUUUGAAAAAUCCAUUGAAACCAGACGUUAUAAGCUCAUCUUAGGUUGGGUAGUUCGUAAGUCUCUGUGGCUUUGCACAAGGUUUUGUAUUUUUCUCAGAAGGUUGAUAAAGAAUGUAUAAUUAUUUUGGUAAUUCUUGUGUGUAUAUUAGUCGCCAACGUGUUGCGUGAGUCGUACUACUUCUAUCAACAGCAGAGGUUGCAUUUUUCUAGGGAUUGAACCUGAGGCUUUCCUCACGUGUCUCACCACUGGCCUGUGUCCCUGCACCAAAGCCUUGCCCAGUCAGGAGGCAGGAUGGCCUUGGCUCAGCCACUGGUAUCUUUUUUCUCAGCUGAGCACAUCGUCCUCUUCCAACUGCAGCCUCAAGCUUUGCAAGCCGCUCUGAAAGUCUUUUCGAUCCAAGCGAUACUGUGAUGUCCAUGCUCACCUUGCAUGCCAGGUAGAAACAGACUCCUUUCCUUGCCUUCUGCUCAGGUGAUUAUGGGAGGGGGUCGGAAGUACAUGUUCCCCAAGAACACCAGCGAUGUGGAAUAUCCGAAUGAGGAGAAGUUCAGGGGGACUCGGCUGGAUGGCAGGAACCUCAUUGAGGCAUGGAGGAAGACAAAACCAAAGGAUAAGGUAAAUGGGACGUUUUUGGAACCCUCCCGGUGAAGUCUGGAGUGGCGAUUAUGAUUGCAAUGAUGUUCCACCCCACCCCAAUCUCGAGCAGCCAGGGGCUUUCCCAGAGUUUGAUUUCCUUGGGGUGAAGGUUGGCAGAGGCUGCGGUGUCUGUAGAAUAUACGGUUUGAUUCACACAAAUAUCCAACCUGAGCAUGAGAUGCUCACGGCAUUGACGCCCCAACAGAUCUUGCGUCUCCAUCAGUUGCUCCUUGGGCUUCAGCACAGAGCAAGCAGGUCUUUGGUCUUCCAGCUUCCAACCUGUUUCCGGCUCCGCUCUCUGUCUCUUGUUCUCCUACCUAGCAGCAAGGAGAGUGGGGUCCAUGAGCCUGGAGGGAACCAUCUAUCAGUUGUAGCUCUUGUGGCUCAUUCUUCUGGGAUGCUGAUCAGGACACUUAUAUGGACAGCUAAGGUCAAUGACUUACAAAGAAACCUGUCUAACCAGUUCAGCAACAGAAUCUUCUCUUAGAUCCUAACCCUCACUGGAUAUAAGACCUCAUGGCACUGUAGUCUAAACCACUGAGCCUCUUGGGCUUGCCGAUCAGAAGGUUGGUGGUUCAAAUCCCCAUGGCGGGGUGAGCUCUCGUUGCUCUGUCCCAGCUCCUGCCAACGUAGCAAUUCGAAAGCACACCAGCACAAGUAGAUAAAUAGGUACCGCUGUGGCGGGAAGGUAAAUGGUGUUUUCGUGUGCUCUGGUCACGGUGUUCUGUUGUGCCAGAAGCGGUUUGGUCAUGCUGGCCGCAUGACCCGGAAAGCUGUCUGUGGACAAACGACAGCUCCCUCAGCCUGAAAAGCAAGAUUUGAGUGCCGCAACCCCAUAGUCGCCUUUGACUGGACUUAACCGUCCAGGGGUCCUUUAUCUUUUUUACCUUUUAUAGGACCCCAAGAACUGGAAAGGACUGGGGGCAUCACCCAGACUGAUCCCCCCAAACCCACAACAAUAAUGGCAAUCCCAGUUGGGGAUCUGUUUGGUCCCAGUUCUCCUCCUGGUCAUCCUCACACUCUACUAUACUCAUGAAAACAAGCCCAGUGGCCUUGAUGAGAGGGGCACAAUCCAUACAGUCCCUUGGAAGUACUGCUAUUGCACCUCAUCACUGCACCAGUUUAGUAGACGACCACCAAAGGUGCUCCUCAGUGGCAAAUUGAUUCUUCUCUCUCUCUCUCUCUCUCUCUCUCUCUCUCUCUCCCCCCCAGAACGCCUUUUAUGUGUGGAAUCGGACAGAACUGAUGAAGCUUGACCUGAACAAGGUGGACUAUUUAAUGGGUGAGUUUCUAGUUCAUGAGGGGUGAUCCAGAAUUUUGGAUUAUGUUGUCAGCAAUAGGCUGAUGGCACUCAGCUCUAUUUCUCCUUUACAUCUGCAGGUGAGGCAGUGGAAGUCCUGGACCACUGCCUUGCCUCAGUAAUGGACUGGAUGAGAGCCAACAAACUGAAGCUCAAUCCAGAUAAGACAGAGGCAAUCUUAGUGGGUGGUUUCCUAGACUAAAUAGAUGGGAGGCUGACUGCUCUUGAGGGAGUUACACUUCCUCUGAAGGAGUGGGUAUGUAGCUUGGGGGUCCUCCUGGAUCCUUUGCUGUCUCCCAAGGCUCAGGUGGCUUCAGUGGCCCCGAGUGCCUUCCAUCAGCUUCGGCUGGUGGCCCAGGUGCACCCCUGUCUGGACAGAGACAACCUAACUACUGUUGUCUAUGCGUUGGUAACUGUUAGAAUUCCUGCUCCAUGAUUGCAGUCAUGGGAUUGUUGUCUAUAACAUGACGGUAUACGUUUUGACUCCACAGAGUGGAAAGUGAUAGAGCCAAGAUGUUUGUGUUACUGAGUUCUGUGAAGGGGGACUAUUGUCCUUUGUCCUUCCUUUUUGUUGUCUGAUGCUAGAGAGAGAGGGAGCCAUGUUGCAGUGCUCCGUGUGUGCUUAUAUGUAAAUAAAGUAGAUUAGCCAAAAUGCUGAGUUGCUGAGGUCUGUUACGCAAGCUGCACAAACUCUGCGGAUCCCUAAGUGUGCCGAUGUCUGUUGGCAUCGGUCGCUGUGAUUUUCGGGCUGAAGAAAGCUUCUGCAGCUCCCAAACAACCGACCAGGAGGCUUAGAUUACUGCAAUACAUGGGGCAGCCUCUGAAGAUGGCUCAGAAACUUCAGCUGGUGCAGAAUUUGGCGGCUGGGUUGCCAUGGCAAGGCAGUUUGAGCAUAUUGCACUGGCUGCCAAUUAGUUUCUGGGCCCAAUUCAAAGAACUGUUUUUUACCUAUAAGCCCUUAAACGGCUCAGGACUGCAAUACCUCCUCACCCCAUAUAAACCAACUUGGACUCUAUGUCCAUCAUUUGAGGUCCUUCUUCAUGUAUCUAGAAUCCUAGAAUCCUAGAAUCAUAGAGUUGGAAGAGACCACAAGGGCCAUCGAGUCCAACCCCCUGCCAAGCAGGAAACACCAUCAGAGCACUCCUGACAUAUGGUUGUCAAGCCUCUGCUUAAAGACCUCCAAAGAAGGAGACUCCACCACACUCCUUGGCAGCAAAUUCCACUGUCGAACAGCUCUUACUGUCAGGAAGUUCUUCCUAAUGUUUAGGUGGAAUCUUCUUUCUUGUAGUUUGGAUCCAUUGCUCUGUGUCCGCUUCUCUGGAGCAGCAGAAAACAACCUUUCUCCCUCCUCUAUGUGACAUCCUUUUAUAUAUUUGAACAUGGCUAUCAUAUCACCCCUUAACCUCCUCUUCUCCAGGCUAAACAUGCCCAGCUCCCUUAGCCGUUCCUCAUAAGGCAUUGUUUCCAGGCCUUUGCCCAUUUUGGUUGCCCUCCUCUGGACACGUUCCAGUUUGUCAGUGUCCUUCUUGAACUGUGGUGCCCAGAACUGGACACAGUACUCCAGGUGAGGUCUGACCAGAGCAGAAUACAGUGGCACUAUUACUUCCCUCCUAUUACUUCCCUAUUAAUUACCUCCUCCAUGCGAGGUCCUGAGGGUGGCAACACAAGAACGGGCCUUAUCUGCGGUGGCUCCCUGUUUGUUUAUUGGUUUGUUUUCGUUCUUAUUUUAUUACAGUGGUACCUCGGGUUAAGUACUUAAUUCGUUCCGGAGGUCUGUUCUUAACCUGAAACUGUUCUUAACCUGAAGCACCACUUUAGCUAAUGGGGCCUCCUGCUGCCGCUGUGCCAUCGGAGCAUGAUUUCUGUUCUCAUCCUGAAGCAAAGUUCUUAACCCGAGGUACUAUUUCUGGGUUAGUGGAGUCUGUAACCUGAAGCGUAUGUAACCCGAGGUACCACUGUAUGUCUUUUGUGUGUUUUUUAUGUUGUGAACCACCCUGUGAUCCACUGAUGAAGGGUGGUAUACAAAUUUAAUAAUAAAUAAUAAUAAAUAUUAUUAGGCAACAUGUGUGCCUCAGACACCCUUAGCACCUGCUGCCUGAAGCAGCCAGCUGACUCUGCCCAAUGUUAGAGCCGGCCCUGACUAGGAUGGCUGCAUGCUAUGCCAGCGUUGUGGAGAAAUGCAAACAUGUAAUACACAGACAAAAACAAUAUUUAAGUGAGAUCAGGGACUCGAAUGGAGCAUGAGCGUUAACGAGGCUGUCACUCACACCUCUGGCUUUUGUCCGCAGGCCUCUUUGAGCCGAUUGACCUGGUGUACGAGCUGAACAGGAACAACGAGACAGACCCUUCCCUGACGGAAAUGGUGGAGGUGGCCCUCAAAAUCCUCCAGAAGAACCCUCUUGGGUUCUUCCUUCUAGUAGAAGGUGAGAGGAGGAAGAAGGUGUGGAGAAGGCAAGGGACCAUCGUAGGAGGGACCACUGUUCCUGCGUGCUGAUUCAAAGGCCAGUUUUCAGCGCUUGUGGAGGGUGACAGCAGAACUAGAUGAGCCAUUGGCCUGAUCCAGCAGGACCUUCUUAUAUUCUUAAAGCACCAAAGGAAUGAAGAAACCCUUGGUUCAUAUACAACACAACACCGUGGUUUCUUUUAAGCCAUUGUUGGUUUAGCAAGCCAUGAGUUGCCCCACAGAGAAACAAACCAUGGUUUGCUUCUUCAAAGUAUGGUUUGCUUUCCAGCUGCUCUUGCCCUCGUGCCUUUGUAGCUCGGUGAGCAUCUGGGGUGGGGUUGCCAAGCAAACCGUGGCCAAGUUCACACAUAACACCAAACCAUGGUUGAAACAAACUGGAUUCUGACUGUGGUCUGUUGGCGGUAAAACAACAACAUAUGAAACAGGUUAAGGACUGAUUGUCUCUGAUUUUGGUUUCUGGUGGCUGGUUUUCUUAUAUAAAUUGCUGGUUUUAUGGAAGAUGUUUGUAUAAAUUUGUGUAUCCUAACAUAUUGUUAUGUACUGCCCUGGGAAUUUCAGAAUCCGAAUUCUGAAGGGCAGAGUACAAAUUCAAUUUUAGUAAUGAUGAUAAUAUUUGAGUGUUGGUGGGCUCUCCUUUGCUGGAGAUAUUUAAGCAGAGAUUGGAUGGCCAUCUGCCAGGGAUUCUUCAGCAGCAAUUCCUGCAUUGCAAGGGUUGGGACUAGAGGACAAUUGGGGCGCUUCUUACAGUUUUCUGAUUCUAAUAAUUCCUUCCGCAGGAGGCAGGAUUGACCAUGGACACCACGAAGGAAAAGCAAAGCAGGCUUUGCAUGAAGCUGUGGAGAUGGAUCGGGCAAUUGGCCGGGCUGAUAUCAUGACCUCUUCUGAGGAUACCCUGACCGUGGUUACUGCAGAUCAUUCCCACGUCUUCACUUUUGGAGGGUAUACGCCCCGCGGCAAUCCCAUUUUUGGUAUGUUGACACGCACACAAGCUGACAUCCACAGCUUAGAUGAGAGGUUAAACAUGCCCUAUGGUCGCAGUUUGCAACCACCUGGAGGGGCCAUUCUUGACAUUUAAGAGUCGCAGUAGUGUUUUCAUCUCCCCCCUGUUCCCAUCGUCUUUUCCCACUUCAUUUCAGCUUGAAAAUGUGGAGCUCUUUGUUGUUGUUUUAAUGUAGAGAAAGGUGCAGUAUCGAAGUACGAUUCAGCUACCAAGCUGGUUAGUUACUGUCAUUGGAAUGGAGGGGCAGGUAACUGCUUUGCCUCAGGUUGCCCAAGUUGUUGUGCUUUUUUUUAAAAAAAAAAAAAUCUAAAAAGAAGAAAAUUUUGAGCUAUUUUUAAGGGAAAUCACCCAAAACAACACUACCGACGUGGGUUGCCGUAUGCCCAUAUUUUCCCAGACAUUUCAAUGAUUUCCACCCAGUGUCAGGCUUCAGGGAAUCCUACCCCUCCCACGGCAGCAGCCAAGAAGCAGAUAAACAAGAAGAAGUCUUACCAAGUAAUUUAUUCAAUGUUCACAGAGAGAGAAGAAGCAAUGAAGUCUCCUGUAAUAAUGGCUUCACUCCAAGUCAAGUCCCACCCCCUCCGUCUCUCCUAUUAUAUAUAUAUAUAUAUAUAUAUAUAUAUAUAUAUAUAUAUAUAUAUAAUUUAAUAUUUAUUAAAGUUUCAGAAAAGAAAUAAAAUCACAUUAAUAAACAAAAAAAAUUUAAGAAGAAAAAAGAAAAAUACACAAUACAAAAUACAGAAUACAAAAUACAAAAAGAGAAAAAGAAAAAAAAACAGUUAAAAACAAUUCCGUCUUUUCAUAACUUCUUUUACAUUUACUUGUUUCCCGGACUUCCUCAUACCUCCCUCUUUUGUAUUCCAGUUCAGUUUGUUAGACCAGCAAUUUCUUUCUCUCCUUUUUAAUCCCAAUCCUUAAUCUUAAUAUAUUAUGACAUUAGAUUUUUACCUAUUUAAAACCAAUUUUUCCAUUCUUUUAACCUUUUAAUCCUAAUCCUUAAUCUUGAUAUAUUUAUAACUUUAAAACCUGUACAGCUGGAAGCCACUUAACUUCAAUCCAACAUCACUCUAACAUUCAUUAAUUUUGCAAUGUUUCUGUAAAUAAUCUUUAAAUUUCUUCCAAUCUUCUUCCACCGACUCUUCUCCCUGGUCACGGAUUCUGCCAGUCAUUUCCGCCAAUUCCAUGUAGUCCAUCAUUUUCAUCUGCCAUUCCUCCAGUGUGGGUAGCUCUUGUGUCUUCCAAUACUUAUUGCAAAGUAUUGGAAGACGUCUCUCCUAUUAUAAGUCAUCCCUACAUUGGCUGAUCGGAGCUUUCUGCCUCGGAGCUCUGUUCUACUACUCUCAAUGCCCGCCUGGUCCUGGGAGGGUGGGGUCAGGAAUGCUUUCAAAAGACAGUGAGUCUGUCAGCUGUCUCUCCCCUGCUGCUGCUUCUUCCUGCUGUUCCUCUCUCAGUAUUUCCUCUCUGUAGCCUCUGAGCUAUGCCCUUCUGCAAACCACUGUUCUAAAUCUAUACUGUUCUCCUGUUCUCAGGAAGGUUCAGGAGAAGGGGGGGCAGCGGUCCCCACCAUUCCUCCUCAGUCCAGCCCCUGACACCCGGCCCCUGUUUCCGACAUCUGAUUCCCAGCUAUGUCUGGGAAAUUCCGGACACAGGGCAACCCUAUCUUGGCCGGGUGGCCUUACAAGCAAAGAGUUUCAGGUGCUCUCCAGACAUCUUUCUGCUUUCACAUCAACCAGCCUUGUUCUUGGAGAUGACCGACUGAAGUGGGUGUCCCGUGUGGGUGUUGGGCAUGUGUUUGUGGAUCUGUCCACAUACUUAUUCUCUGUAAAGAUAAUUGCAGAUGCACCCCCUGAGGGUUUGCUGGAGCAUUCUCCACAGCUAAUUUUCAAAGAAACAUUUGUGGUUAACGUUUACAGUGUUUUGGAAUAUUUCCCAGAGCAGAGUUAAAAACUCCUAGCAGGCAGGCAUGGUUUUAGUUUGUUUGUUUUUUAAAAAAAACUUCAUGCGCAUUUCAGAUUCAUUCCGCUUUCCUGCAACAAAACAGGACCCCUGCUGACGAUCAGGGAUGUCAAAAAAAUCACAUUAAAACAGAAACAGGAGUGGAAAUUACCGAGGUUCACGAACUUGUCCCGUGUUUGGAACAGAAAUCAAUGUAGCAGAAAUCAAUUAGGCGUUCACUGCUGCCGCUGCUGCUUUCAGUCUGCAAACACUACGAAAUGGAUUACACUGUUUUGCCCCAUUUACAUUGUGUUUCCUUGGCAUUGAAGUGAAUGGUGUGGAAUAACGUAAUAACAACACAAUUUAUCUAAUUAAUUACAUAAAUUGUGUAAGUUACAUACUCUUGCCACAGAAGACAGGGAAACUAAUAACUUUUUGGCAGAAGCCGAACUGCGGAGGAAUGCAAACACUGCUGCGUGCCAUGAAAUUCAGGGCAGAAUGGUUAAUCAUUUCUCACGGACUGUCUGGCCAGAGUGGUGCAUGCUCUGGCUGUCUCCCGUUUGGACUACUGCAAUGUGCUCUGCGUGGGGCUACCUUUGAAGGUGACUCGGAAACUACAACUAAUCCAGAAUGUGGCAGCUAGACUGGUGACUGGGAGUGGCCACUGGGAUCAUAUAACCCCGGUCCUAAAGGAUCUUCACUGGCUCCCAGUACGUUUCCGAGCACAAUUCAAAGUGUUGGUUCUAACCUUUAAAGCCCUAAACGGCCUUGGUCCUAUAUACCUGAAGGAGCGUCUCUAUCUCCCAUCGCUCAGCCCGGACACUGAGAUCCAGCGCCAAGGGCUUUCUGGUUGUUUCCUCCCUGUGAGAAGCGAGGUUACAGGAAACCAGGUAGAGGGCCUUCUCGGUAGUGGCGCCCACCCUGUGGAAUGCCCUCCCACCAGAUGUCAAGGAGAUAAAAAAAAACUACACAACUUUUAGAAUACAUCUGAAGGCAGCCCUGUAUCAAAAAAAUUUUAAUGUUUGGUUUUUUAAUGUAGUUUUCUUACGCUGGAACUUGGUUAAACCUUACAAAACCUCCCAGAGUGGCUGGGGCAACCCAGUCAGCUGAGCAGGGUAUAAGUAAAGUUGUUGUUGUUAAAAUGGUUAAAGCCGGCAGGGCAUCUAUUUCUCAGGAAUUGCCACCCAGCCCUGCCUUGCUGAAAUGCAAGUGGGAUUGCUACAUGGCUCUAAUCACUUAUCACCUUAAAAAAAAUAUAUCAGGAAGAUGUUCCUGCCCAGAGCUUCUUGGAUGCUCCACAUAAUUCCCCCCCCCACCGCAAUUGAUUUAUAUCAAGUAUUUACCGUAUUUUUUGCUCUAUAAGACUCACUUUUUCCCUCCUAAAAAGUAAGGGGAAAUGUGUGUGCGUCUUAUGGAGCGCAUGCGGGCUGCACAGCUAUCCCAGAAGCCAGAACAGCAAGAGGGAUUGCUGCUUUCACUGCGCAGCGAUCUCUCUUGCUGUUCUGGCUUUUGAGAUUCAGAAUAUUUUUUUUCUUGUUUUCCUCCUCCAAAAACUAGGUGCGUCUUGCGGUCUGGUGCGUCUUAUAGAGCGAAAAAUACGGUAUAUGCUGCCCUAUCACCUGUCUGGCAAUUCACAAGUUGAACAUGAGCCAGCAGUGUGACACAGCAGCCAAAAAGGCUAAUGCGAUUUUUGGCUGGUUUAACAGAACUCUUGUUUCCAAGUCGCAAGAAGCAUCAGUUCUGCUUUAUUCUGCAUUACUCUGAGCUUGUAUGGAGUGCUGUGUUCAGUUCAGGCGCUGCACUUAAAGAAGAACGUAGGCAAACUAGAAGAGUUUCAAACAAACAUUGGAAAGGCUAAGAGGAACCAGGUGUGUUUAGCCCGGGGAAGCGAAGAUUGUCUGGGAACAUGGCUGCAUUCUCCGAAGGUGAUUUGUGCUCAUGAUGCUAUAAGGGUAUUCACACCCAAGCCUGUUUCCCAGACUGUUUAUGCCUGCAAAAACAUUGGGGUGGUAACAUUGGGCCACUUCCAGUCAGUGCAAAUCCCAUAACUCCAUAGUGUUGUCAUGCCUUUAAUGUCCUGGUUAAUUUGGGACCUUCUUCUGGACACGGGUGGCACUGUGGGUUAAACCACAGAGCCUAGGACUUGCUGAUCAGAAGGUUGGCGGUUCGAAUCCCCAUGACGGGGUGAGCUCCUGUUGCUCGGACCCUGCUCCUGCCAACCUAGCAGUUUGAAAGCACGUCAAAGUGCACGUAGAUAAAUAGGUACCGCUCCGGCGGGAAGGUAAAGGGCGUUUCCAUGCGGUGCUCUGGUUCGCCAGAAGUGGCUUAGUCAUGCUGGCCACAUGACCCAGAAGCUGUACGCCGGCUCCCUUGGCCAAUAAAGCGAGAUGAGCGCCACAACCCCAGAGUCGGCCACGACUGGACCUAAUGGUCAGGGGUCCCUUUACCUUUACCUUUAUCUGUCACACCAAUGCACUGUCAUCCUGUCAAGGACCCGUUGCUCAAUAAAACACCAGUAAAAUGCCAUUGAACUGUGGGUGUCCCACUGUGUUACCUGGAGAAAGUGAACAGAGGAAAGCUUUUCUCCCUCUCAACUUAACACUGGAACUCAUGGGUAUUCAAUGAAGCUGAAUCUUAGGACGGAGGAAAGAAAGUCCUUCUUCAUGUAGCAAGCACAUAGUUAAACUGCGGAACUCCUUCCCACAGGAGGUGGAAUCAUAGAAUCGUAAAGUUGGAAGGAAACCCAGGGGCCAACUAGUCCAGCCCCCUGCCAUGCAGGAAUCUCAAUUAAAGCAUCCAUGGCAGAUCACAGGAAGCGACGGCCACCAACCUGUCAGGCUUCGGGGAAUCAGCUUCCUCCUCCCGUGGCAGUAGAUAAGAAGAUCAAACAAAAGGAAGGUCUUACCAGUUAGAAUCUUUAAUAAUCACAGCGAGAGAACAAAGAACACAUCUCCUAGAAAUGGCGGUGCUCUCAAUUAAGGAUCACCUCCCCCUCCGUCCCUAUUAAUCUACGUCAUUCCUACAUCUUGAGCUUGUACCCUCUGCGCUUUCUGUUCUGAGACUUUCUGAGCUCUUCGUGACCUUGGGCAGAGCAGAGGAAUGAUGUCCAAUGACUGUGAAUCUAUUAACUCUCUCUUUUCCAGUGUUCUUCUCCUAGCUGUUCCCCAUUCAGUAUUUCCCAGCUUCUGCCUUCUGAACUGUGCCCCUCGGAAAACCACUGUUCCAAAUCUAUACUGUCUUCCUACUCCUGGGAAGAUUCAGGAGCAGGAGCAGGGGGAGGGGGUGGCUCCCACCAUUCUUCCUCAGUGCAGCCCUCCUCAGCACCGUCCCUGACACAGCUUGGGUGUGCUGGGCCCAGGGUAACUUGAGCAACGUGGUCCAGGUCUGGUCCCGAAUCCAAGGGUUCUGCGAGGAGUCAGUCCGACAGGGCCAAGGCAGGCCACGAGGCAGGAAACCAGGCACAGGGUCUCAGGCAGGUUCUAGCAAACAGCAAUGUUGCUCCCGCAACCUGGGGGUGGGGUCCGACAGCCUUUUGUCUUUGCCGGGGUAAUGGCUGGUCCUGAUCCCCUGGUGACUCACCUCUCUGUCUCGCCCGAAGGCGAGCACUCCUCCUGCGAGUACUCAGGUCUCUCCUUCUCUCAGACCUUAGUCUCUGCAGCUCGGGAGACGUGGGUGGGUUGCUAGACCCAGGGGCCGCCUCAGCCUCCCCUGACCCAAAAGUGGAGCAGCUGUAAGUGAUCGCCCAGGUGAAGGCAACAAGGUAAUCCCCGCAUCUGGAGCCAGGGCAGGCUCAGGCCCCUGACUCGGCCUGGCUGGUGCUUGUUGCAGGGGAACCUGUGCAGACUGGGGCUCUUUAGAAUCAGGCCCCAGCCUUGGUUCAGGUGCCGCCUGAGGCAAAGGAUCCGGUGCCGCCUGAGACUCCUCUGGUUCCGAGUCUGAGCCCGAGUCCCAGGCCACCACACUGGGUGACUUUAAAAAAGAGGAUUCGACAAAUUCACAGUUAUUAAACUAUGAUGACAACGAUAACAACAACAACAACGAUGAUGAUGAUAAUAAAUAUUUUAGUGGCUGUGUAAGGUCUGUCUAGUGCUUCCUUUCUUCUUUCCCCCUUAACUUAGGUCUGGCCCCGAUGCAGAGUGACGUAGAUAAGAAACCUUUCACCUCCAUCCUCUACGGGAAUGGGCCCGGGUACAGAGUCAUCGAUGGAGAGAGAGAGAACGUGUCCACAGUGAACUUCAGUGAGUCCCAGGCCUAUAGGGGACACCCCCACCCCACCUCCAGUCACCCCUGCCUACACCCCCCUCCCUCCACUUCCACUCUGCCAUAAUGGUGGUGGUAAUUCUAACCGGGGGCGGGGGGGGGCAGUGCUCUAAGUUUUAAGAUGGGUUCUAACUCUUCACUGGUUUUAUCAGGUUGCAUUUCGUACCGCUAAGUCGCUUCGAGACUUUUUCCUUGCACAAAGUGGCUAAGAAGUCUAAUAACUUUAAUAGAGAGAAAUGUGUGGGAAUGUUCAGGGUGGCAGGAGAGGAUAUAUUGUUUAUUAAUAUCCUUCCUAACUUGCGCUAUCAAGCUCCUUUAUGCAGCAGAGUUACAUUCCCCUUUUUAUAUGCACAGCAGAUAGCUGGUUGCAGGCUCGUGUGAGCCUCUCACUAUUACACAAUUCAGUCUGUCUCAGAUUGAAUUGUACGUUCCUGGUGAAUUGUAAAUUCCCUUGAAUCCAUCUUAAAAGAAUAAAGACAUGACAAUCUUAUUCAAAUUCAAUAAAAGAAGUUUACUCACAUCAGUUCACAGUUGGAUUCCUGAAGGCAGACUUAGUUACAAAUAUGUACAUGUGGAUCUACCCCAUAUGGGGGAAUGAUCCCAGUGCUUCUGCUAGCUGAGAGCUAGCAGAGCAGUCCUAGCGAAGAAGCUGGUCAAACGGCGAAGGAAGUCAAAAAGAGGAAGGUUGCUGCGUGACUCGUCCUUUUGUUACCUGGACAGGUAAGGUCACGCCCACCUUCUAUCACAUGCGAAAGGAAGGAUGCUCUAGCCAGGAGGAACAAGAAGUUUCGACUGGCUGGACCAAACAUUCCCUCACAUGUCUUCUCUAGCAUUACAAGGUAUGUUGUACUUGACUGCCUUUCAUGGAUCACCUCCCACAAAACGCACCCUGAUAAGUGUUUCCUCCAUUUCCCCGCUCCCUCUCUAGCGGAUGCCAACUACCAGGCUCAGUCCGCCGUCCCAAUGCGCAUGGAGACGCAUGGAGGGGAAGACGUGGCCAUCUUCGCCAAGGGGCCCAUGGCGCACCUCCUCCACGGAGUCCAUGAGCAGAACUACAUCCCCCACGUCAUGGCCUACGCCGCCUGCAUUGGCGAGAACACGGGCCACUGCCGCUCCGGAGCACCCACAAGGAGCCCGUCGGGACUCUUCGCCGUGACCCCAAUGUUCUUCUCCCUCGCUCUGCUCAGGCUGCUGUUCUAAAGGCUCGCCUUCGGAGCGCUCCUCUGCCGGUUGAGCCCAACCGCACAGCGUCCGGGGCUCCACAACCUGCCUCUGGAAAUGGGGUUCAGGUUUCAGCGACGGAGUGCACCUCUUUGCUGCGACUGACCAACCGCUAGGAAUUUCCAUUCCAGGCUCGAAGGCACCGGGGGCACUGGGUCAAACAUCACUUGUUUGUUUUGGAUGUUCCAGGAGCAACGCCAGCCUGACAUUCUGAGAUAUUUUCUCUCUCAACUUCCUCAACAAAGAUAAGAACGCCAUAGGGCUCUGUUGCUUGGGAAGGGCGUGCUCUGCGUUUUUUGUUUUCCUUCUCUUUGCUGAAGUGUCUCUUACUUCACCAGAACGUUUUAACCGCCUGCUGUCUUAAAGGCUUGUCACCUUCCUUCCUUCCUUCUGCAAAGGCAGGCACCCCUAAAAGAUAAAAAACAAAAACCACCCGCUCUUCCUUCUCAAUCCAUUAUUCCUGAUUUAUAUUGUGAGCAGUGGGAGUUCUUCCACCAAUCAACCAGCUCAAAACCAGCCGUGAAAUUUAAGUUCAAAGAAGCAGAGGGUUAUCGGUCCCCUGCCCCACAGGCCUCUGAACUUUGUUGCUCCUCUUUCCCAACGAUGGGGGCAGCUGAUUCCAUCUGGCUACAUAGCAGAAAGAGAGACCGUGGGCCGCACCAGGACUCUCCUUUGGGAGACUUUUGGGCUCCGCUCUCCUUGAACCUCUUUCCAUUCCUUCAUUCGAAGGACUCCUGCGCCUAGUUUGCUUCCCCCCUCCUCCUUCCCAGUCCCCUUUUCUUCUUUUCACACGUAUUUUAUUAGUGCUUUUUGUAAAUGGCUCCGGGAGCACUUUUUGGGUGUGGGUGUGCGUGUGUAUGAAGUAAAACAGUUAAACAAAACAAAAAAACACACACACAAAAACAAACAAAUAACCAGCUUGAUUUGUUCACAUGCAGCAUGUUUUUUUAUGGGGGGACGCGGGGGGUAUACAUACCCCUAAACAUUUCGUGAAUCUAAGUUUGGCCUCAUGGAGGGGCAGUAUUUCAAUAUCAGUAGGAAAAUGAGAGUACCCCUAAACAUUUUUUUUAAAGAAAAAAAGCGCUGGUCACAUGUAUGCACCUAACCCUUAGCAAAAUCAUGCCUGAAUGAUAAAUCGAGCAAACCUUUGAUUGUAUGUUUAAAGAAAUGAACUCUGAAGUUUUUGUUUUUUUAAGUGGCAGAGAACUUGUGCUGAGAGGAGGAUGAGGGGCUCUGUUUGAUGUGGUGUGAGCCAUGCUCAUGUGGUGUGCCGUGGCGUUGGGGCUGGGAAAAGGGCUGGCUCUCCUCUCUGAUGCUAUCUCUGCACGCAGCUUGCAACGUUAGCCAGCCAUGCGAUCGCUUCCGACCUGUUUCAGUUCUGGGGAGCGUCUUUAGCCCUCCAGAUGUUGUUAGCCUCCAGCCAGCUGUUAGGGCUGAUAGGGCAACGGCAAACCCUGCAACAUCUGCAUGGCACACAAGGGACAGCCUUGAUCUAUCUGAAGUGGUUUCGCUUUGUGUGAGCAACACAGGAAGUUCCGCCGCCUUUGGUUCUCCAACUUUGUCCCUGGAGGGAAUUAGAUAGUUGCUGGAACUGCAAUGCUGGGAGGCAGCUGGAGGGUGUCCUAAGCCAGCAACCUGCAUCACAAACCCUGCAGCCUUCAAAACCCUUUUUCAAAUGGCUUUGCAUCAUCCACACGCAGAGGUGCUGCCCCGUGGUGGAUUGAGAAACUGCAAAGCAUGUCCCUGGAGGAGGCUCUGAUUCGAACUCUGAGCUUGCUCCAUAGCACUGGAGCAAUCACAGAGUCAACCAUUAGUUCAAGACUCCUCUGACGGCUCAAGGAGGUUAAAGGCAGCGCCGUGUAUUCAGGGCCGGCCCUACCGUUGUGCAAAAAGAGGAGACAGUGCCUCAGGUGGCGGAUACUGGAAGGAGCAGGCCCUGGCUUCCUAAGCUCCUGCACGCACACAUGCACUCACGCACACACAGCCAUCCCCUUCCACAUCUGCUGUAUAUUUAACACCUGCUGUAUACUAAACACCCUCUCCUGACCACCCCAAAUAGCCUGCCCCCUCAGUGGACAGCGGGCAAAAUCCAGUGCAAGGGAUGUGAACUAGCAGAAUCUCCAUCUCUCCUUAAAAUCAGCUCCAGGAGAGGAUUGGGCAAAGGCCAUAGUUCAGCGGUAGGGCAUCUGCCUUGCAAGCAGAAGGUCCCAGUUCUAGUCUCCAGUGGCACCGCUAGGUAGGGCUGGGAGAAAACCCUGGCGACCUACUGUUGCCAGUCACCCGCUUGGGCCAAUGCCCUGACUCUGUAAAAGGCAGCUCCCUGAUUUCCUCAGUCCAGCAAUCAGCCUAGUUCAGUAAUCUCCAACCUGUUGCGACCCAAGACCCGCCUUCAACCCGAGCACUCCUUUGAGGGCACAGUUAUUCAUAGUUCCCCACAUAUUUGCAUGGUGGCUAUGCUGUUGUGACACCCGCCUUUGACCAGCUAGCGACCCAGCAGUGGGUCCCAACCGGUCAGCUGAAAGCCAGUGGCCUAAGUCAGCUUCUGUCCGUUCAAAGUGGCACCAUUUUGUCCCUUCUCUCAGGCAGCAGAAUGCCUUGAGCUGGGCCCACAGCCCAAUUCUAAUUAACCAGAACGAAUUAUUCCCUGUUCCUCAUAAUACUUGAACUUCGGGGCGGCUCAAUGAAAGACGUUUGGUUGGAAGCAAGUUCAGGCCAAAACAAAAAAGCCCUUCUUCGUAUAAUGCGAAAUUUGCAGGCUUAAUCGCCACCAAGUUCUAGGGAGUGCCAAUGGCUUUGAAUGGGGGUGGGUGGGGUGGCAGGUGAUGACAUGGCUGGCCUGCGACAUUUUGGUCCCAUCCCCACGGCUGCCCCCUUGCCCAUACUGAUGCGCUUCAGGUACCAGUGAGUGGCACAGGCACGACUGCAGGGGCACGGUGGCGAGGGACCCAGAUAAUAAUAAUAAUAAAAAUAAAAUAAUAAACCUUUAUUGUCACUACACCACCUGUGUGCAGUGAAAUUAAACGAGCCUCCCCCCCCCCGCCACAUACACUCAGUCUUGUUCACACUUUGUGUGCUUGUCGGAAGUCAAUUGCACCACUAUCCCCCCCCCCCAUUCAGCAGCCCAUGGAUAAAAACUUUUCUUUAACCUGUUGGUUUAGCUGACUAUACUUCUGUAUCUCCUGCCCGAAGGUAGGAGAUUAAAGAUGUGUUGGCUGGGGUGUGCGUCGUCCCUGAGAAUCUUCCUCGCUCUCCUGAGGCAGCGGUCUCCUGCGAUGUCAUCUAGCGAACUCAGGGGACAGCCCAUGAUAUCAUGGGCUGUAUUCACCACCCUCUGUAGGGACUUCCUGUCCGUGGCUGUCAAACCAGCAUACCACACUGUAAUACAGCAUGAAAGGACACUUUCUAUUGUGGACCGGUAGAAAGAGAUCAUCAGUUUUUGUGUGACAUUGUUCUUACGCAAGACCCUAAGGAAAUGGAGUCCCUUUUGGGCCUUCCUAACCACCUGGCCGCCCAAGGUGGGCUUAGACCCUCCAAGUGCCCCUCUUUUCCAGGGGCAGUCCCAGACUUACAGAAGCCAUCCCGGUUCCUGAUUACAUCCCAGAAUGUCCCACAUUUCAUUGGAGAAAUGUUGGAGGGUAUGGAGUUAUGCGACCUCCGAGCCAAGGAGAUAAGUAACUAGACGUUCUUUAGAAGACAUCUGAAGGCAGCCCUAUAUAGGGAAGUUUUUUUUUUUAAAAAAGGUUUAAUAUUUUAUUAUGUUUUUAUAUAUGUUGGAAGCUUCCCAGAGUGGCUGGGGCAAGCCAGUUAUUAUUAUGGAUUAAAGGGACCCCGACCAUUAGGUCCAGUCGUGGCCGACUCUAGGGUUGCGGCGCUCAUCUCGCUUUACUGGCCGAGGGAGCCAGCGUACAGCUUCCGGGUCAUGUGGCCAGCAGGACUAAGCCGCUUCUGGUGAACCAGAGCAGCGCACGGAAACACCGUUUACCUUCCCGCUGGAGCAGUACCUAUUUAUUUACUUGCACUUUGAUGUGCUUUUGAACUGCUAGGUUGGCAGGAGCAGGGACCGAGCAACGGGAGCUCACCCCGUCGCGGGGAUUCGAACCGCCGACCUUCUGAUCGGCAAGUCCUAGGCUCUGUGGUUUAACCCACAGCACCUCUCACGUCCCUCUAUUAUGGAUUAGGACGUCCCUAUUUUCAUCGGGAAAAUGUUGGAGGGUAUGUGUCUAAAUAGAAUCUGCCACUGAAUGCUACCAGUUUCUGCCAGGACUGAGGCUGUUGGGAUUCAAGAGUCCAACACAAUUUGGAGUGCCACAGGCUCCUGAGGUCUGUCUGUCAGUUCAGUCUAGUUUUGCCUAUUAGGACACCAACUGGGGUGGGGGAGGCCGCUGGGGAUGGAAGGACACAGGAGAAUAGUUUGCACUUAAAGACAAACCUAUCUAAUUUUCUCUUUCCAAAACCAGGUGCGAACAAAAGCAAAGGCAUCCUUGCAAUUCGCCCGCCUCUGAAUUUUGCAAUGCCACUCCAGCCAAGUCAUGGGGUGCGAAAAUGCACAUGUUAGGGCAAAUCAUGGAUUAAAUUGCAUAUAAUAAAGUAUGCUAAUGUGUGGCAUUGGGAAAACUGCUUUGCAAAAGGGUGGGUUUUAGAGAAAAUUGCACGCGAAAAUGUGCAUACUGGUAGCCCACAUCUUUUGUGGGGGUUACAUUCCAAGGAUAGCAUGUAAAUAAUAAUAAUAAUUUUUUUUAUUGUUUGUACCUUGCCCAUCUGACUGGGUUGCCCCAGUUGAAUAUGCUGGGUUGAAUAUGCGGCUUCCAGCAUAUUCAAAAACUUAUCUCCUUGACAUCUGAUUGUGGGGGCGCGUUCCACAGGGAGGACAUCACUACCAAGAAGGCGCUCAGCCAAAAUAGUGUAUAGCCAAAACAACCAUUUAAAAACAGGGGAAAUAGCUCACAAGAAACACAGUUCAGCACUUAACCAGUCCAGUGAGCAAGGCGGAGGACUUAAAAGCUCUUUUCGUGCUGCGAAAACGUACCUCAAAACGAGCUUUUAAGCUACUCUCCUUUAGCACGUUUAAUAACCACGUAAAGUUGAAACCACACAUGUUCAAUACACGAAAGCGGAGUCUACCUACAUUGGGGGAAGCUGGCACUAAAAGGCGGAAGAGAUUUUAAAAACAAACAAACCACAAACUGAUGUGGAAAUGGGAAGGACUGGGCUUAAGAUUGGAGAGGUUUAGAAGAUCGGAGAGGAGUGGAAGUUGAUUCAGAUUUGCCCAUCUCACGCUUUGCCUGAGCAUGUUUGUCACUGAAGAGGGAGAAACCUCCUUUCAGUUGCCCCUGCAGGGGCCAGGUAGACUGAGCAAAGAUUUGUCCCCUUUUCACCUGCAGACAGAAGGAAGAUCCAAGCUUGGCUGCUGCUCACUUGUGGAAUUAAACGCUUGCUGCCAAAGCAAAGGAUUUGCAGAGAUGCUGGCAUCAAACUUUGCUGAAAGAGAGAGAGUUGUCGUUGAUGAUGAUGCUGUUGUGUGUGUUUUAUAAAUCAGAGUCCCUGUUGAUUGAUUUUCUUGUUGGCAUAACUUUUUUAAAAAUUUGAAAUAAAAUUAUUUUUGAACAGCUGGAGAA